GAGAGAGAGCGAGAGAGCGAGAGCGAGAGCGCGCCUCCGCCGCUGCCUCCGCCGCCACGCCUAGCGAAGCCCGAGAUUGGCGGUGGCUGAGAGGAGAGCGACGACGAGGGUGGCGGCGGCAACGGCUGGCCAAGCCGGGCCGCGGCUGCUGCGGCGGCGCUGUGAGCGCGGCUGAGGGGGCCGGUCGGGCGGGGGAGGCGCGUCGGCUUGGCGGAGGCGAGUGCGCAAGCGAGGAGCAGCCGUCUUCCCCUCAGCCGCCGCCGCCGCCGCCUUCAGCGCGAGCGACGCGGCCCAGCGUCCGCUCGCUCUUCCUUGGCUGCCGGCCGUAGCCGCGCGCGCAAAAAGAGCCUAACCGCCCUCGCGUCAGGAUGUCGCGCUCGGUGCUGCAGCCCAGCCAGCAGAAGCUGGCCGAGAAGCUGACCAUCCUCAACGACCGCGGCGUCGGCAUGCUCACCCGCCUCUACAACAUCAAGAAGGUGCGCGGGCCCGGCUGCGGGGCUGGGGAGGAAAGGGCCGGGGAUGCGGGGCGGCUGAGGGGAGGCCUAAACUGCCUCACUCGCGCCUUUCCCCGAGAGCGAGGGAAAGGAAAAAAGGAGGCCGUCGUCGUCGUCGUAGUAGCGGCAUCUUAGUCAGCGAGGCCUUCUGGGUGUGGGGACUUGUUCGGCUCCGGGGCGGAGGCGCUUUCCUUUGCGCCAAGGCCCUGUGGGGAGGAAGGAGGGGUGGGAAAUGUGGGAUCGGGCCGCCGGAUGCGCCAUCUGGUUUGAUCCAUCUGGUCUUCCUCUCUCCCUUCCCCACAUACCCCAUGGAAAAGGAGGAUGUAUCGGGAAGGGGGAGAUGGUCUUUUUUGGGGGAAGGACCUCCUCCUCUGCCCUCCCCCCCAAAAAAAAUCUCGGCCAGGUCAAUUUUUUUCAGUACCAACCUCUCUCUCUCUCUCUCCCCCCCCCCCGCGCCUUUUCAGAAAAUGGGUUCAGAGGAGGGUCGCCGCCACAAUUCCCUAUCGAGUACUGUAUGUGAUUUAAAAUGACUUGGGCGCACAAAUCGAGGGAAGGUAGUAGAUGGAGCCUGCACUGUGUGUGUGAGUCAUGCAACGGGAGGGGGGGCAGGAUUAACCUCUUCUUAUACUGGCGGUCCAAAUAAUGACAAAGCGGGUGGGGUGGGGGGAAUACGAUUUGGACCCUUUCUCAUUGGAAGCGAAACUGGAUUUGCAACAUUCAGGUGGUUCCGGUGAACCUUCGUGUGGAAGGUUUAAAUAGCAGGUGCUUGCUUUGGUUGGUUGGAUUAGCCAAAAAGAAAAGGUACAUUUUGGAAAGUUAAGAUAUUGCUGACAGGCUAUGCUUCUGGUAGUUUUGGCACACUCUGUAAGCAACCCACAGUAUUGAUGUCCUGCACAAAAUCAAUGCACUGUUCUCCCCCCUGCCCCUCACUGAGUGCUUUAACAAUCGUGCAGUGUUGUGAGAGUUGUCAGUUGCAAAAUAUUAAGACAGAAUGUUCAAAAAUAACAAUUGGUUGUUUUUCUGGUCAUGAUUUCAUCUGCUGCAACUGUACAGUACAAUGAAAAUUAUAAAAUAUUUCUAAAAUACUCAUUUUUCUUAAGUGAGGUUAAAAAUUCCACCCCUGAUAUAUUAAGCAGGUCAAAGUUAGGCAUAUUAUUGAAAAUUAAGCCCUAGUGAGUUUAAUAUGAAUGUUCCUAGGGUCACUACAAGGUUUGAUUUAAAAAAAAGGAGAGAAUUCACUGUCAAUUUUCUUGACACUGCAUAGUGUUAUUUUUAUAUAUUAUGUAUUGCCAGGGUCUUUAAAUUUUCAAGCUGCAUAAAUCUGAUUGAUUUAAAGACUUCAACUCUACAGAAAGAGGGGUAGACAGAGAUGGUGUUCUUUUUUCAUGGGCAGCAAAAAACUUUUUGCGUAUUGCAUACUGUCUGUUGACUGCUGGAAUUGUUGCAAGCAAUUGGGAUUGGUGAACUUUAUAUUCUGCAAGUUACAUAUAUUCUGAAGUACAUAGGAUUACUUAACACAGGUUAUAGAAUCCUAGAAACAUAUAUUUGCAAAGUUGGAAGGGAUCCCUGAGGGCCAUCUAGUCCAACCCCCUGCAAUGCAGAAAUUUCAGCUAAAGCAUCCAUGACAGAUGGUCAUCCAACUCUGCUUAAAAACCUUCAAGGAAGAGGACUCCACCACCUUCCGAAAGAGUCCAUUCCAAUCAGCAAACAGCUCUUACCAACAGAAAGUUCUUCUUGAUGUUUAGUCAGAAUGUACUUUCUUGUAAUUUGAAGCUUUUGGUUUGGGUCCUACCCUCUGGAGCAGGAGGGAAAAAAACUUGCUCCAUCUUCAAAGUGACAGCCUUUAGAUAUUUGAAGAUGACUAUUGUAAUGGCUAUCGGAUUAAUUGAUCAAAGGGACUCUAGUUUUUAAAAAGAAGACAGGAUGUACAAGACUGAAGUCAGUGCAUUCCGGAUUUUUAAAAAGUUAUAUGGAGUUUAGUGUGCUUUUGACAAAAGUUAAAGUUAAUGAAAAAGUUUCUGCUAAUGAUACUUGGUUAGCAUGGAAAUGUUGCUCUGUAGGCUUGUAAAUAAUAGCAACAUGACAGGUCAUCUGGCAAGUGAGAAUGCAGGAGACCAAGCAUGCAAACACUACAAAAAAUUCUCUCACUUUUGCCUUCAAUAUACUCCAUAUCAAAGUCCCAUUAAGCACAGUGGUGCUUACUUCUGAGUAGAGAUUUAUUGGAUUGGAUUUAGUAACUCUUGUAAGCUUAUUUGUAAGGGAGUAUCAGAGGGAGUGAACUUUUUUUUUAAUAAAAAAAAAGCCUAAUAUCAAAGCAGCUUGUACUCAAAGCUCAUAUGUUUUUGUUCUAAAUCAUGUGUGUGUUGUUGAAAUUUUGUACUGCCUUAUCUUUCUUCCUGUAGUGUAGACUCAAAGCCUGAAUAUUUUCCUUUUUUGAAAAAUGAUAAAGGAUACAUGACUUAAAGGUGUCAACCCUGCUAGCAUAGCAUGACUUUGAAUGUAUCUCCUUUUCAACUUCCAGCAAUAGUUAGUUAAUAACUUAAUUAUAACAUUCACGUGAAUUUCAGGUCCCUCAUCUCACCCCACUGUCACAAAGUCUUGAGUAGAAAAUAAGGCCCAUCAUAAACAGCUGGGCUUGAAACAGUUAUUUUCAUAGCAGAUCAGAAAUUCAUUUUGUAGUUAAUGCGGAUUGCAUUUUUGUAUCUGAAUUUUUAUGAAAUUGCUGUGGUAAUGAAGGGUCAGUGUUUAAAGCAGUGGCUUUUCAGGUGUCUUUCUAAUGUGGUCUAGUAGUAGAUGGAGCAAAAAGAAUGGCAUUAAUGGGAUUCUGAAUAGCGCAGUCUUGUUAUUUCUCAUGCUGUUGCAAAGCCCUUUUUUAGUUUUCUUUAUUUGCUAUAUAGAUAUAGAUAUACAGUGAUGCUUACACAGCUGAUUGUUUUGUUUACAACCUGCCCCCCGAAGCACUGAAUGUCUAUUUAAUUAUAUUUAACUUAAGUCAUUUCAGAUUUUAAGCAAAGGUGUCAUCCCAUAAAUCUCCAUGUGUUCUUGGAGGCCUAUAACCAUGUUGCAUACGUAAUAUAACUAUGCCAGGUUGAUGGAAAAGUAGUGAUUUUCUUGUCUGUUCAACUCUCUUGGGCAUGGGUUGUCACUCAGUUUGUCCAUUAAUAUUACAUUCUAGAGUAUUGAGAUCCAGAUCUCAAACAAGCUUGCACUAGAGUCUUCCACUACCUUGCAAAAGCCCUCUAAAAGCAAGGAGAGAACUUUUCUAAGUAUCCUUUCUGCUUGCCACACAGCUAGUUUACUGCAGGAGGAAAGGACAUAGCUCCACUACCACUGAGUAUUUUUGUUUUGUAGGGGUUUUUUAACAAGAAAGGUUUACUACGCAAUAUGUGGUAUUGCGGUUAGAUAAAUUGGUUAAGAUUUUUUCUUCAUUUAGAAAAGAGGAAGUAAUUGCUGCGAGAGUUGGCCUGUUCUGGCCAAAGUUAAGUUUUGAAACCCCAUUGAUUUUCAGUUUUUCUGCUCCCUAUUGUAUAAUUUAAAAAACUGACUGGAUUGUUGUUUUUUAAUUCACACCUAAUUUAUAUGUGUAUAUUAUUACCUCUCCUGACUUAAAAUGAAACUCUUCCCCACCCAGCCCAUUCAAUUCCUGCCUCAAGUUGUUAAUUUUAUUCUAACUAGAGCAGUAGGGUUUGGGAAUGUGCUAGCUGCUAUAGCUCAGGCUCACAGUCUUUUUGUUUAAUGUAAUCUCUUUAGCCAAGAAGAGUUAAUUUAUCUGUAUUUUCAGGGUAAUAUAAAGUACAGUGUUGAUGAAAUAAAACCACCUAUUUUAUGUUUCCUGUUUCCUGCUUGGCAGGGGGUUGGACUCGAUGGCCCUUGUGGUCUCUUCCAACUCUAUGAUUCUAUGAUUCUAUGUUAACACUGUUCACUUAAAAAACAGCAGCAGCAAGAAUACUCAUGAAAACCCUCUAGUGCACUGACUUGUGAUAGCUUGUAAAUCAACUUUUUUGAAAAGAGGGAGAUGCUAUGGCUGUCUCUGGAUUAUCAUCCAGGGCUUUAUAAACCAUGGUUAUUCAAGCUGUGGCUGUGCACUUCUCCCUUGCUUCUCCUUUUCCACUGUUGCACACCAGCCAAGUUCAUUAUUUCUUCUGAAACAGAACUCUUGGCUAAUGUCAGUUAACAAGCUAGGUGAAUGAAACAGGGUCACAUACUGGUUUAUUAACAGAUAUGAACAGAGCAAUCCUAACAGGCAGCUGUGUCAUAGAACAGAUAAGAUAGCAUAGUUAAACUGCAUUCUAACUGUUUUUUACCAGAAUGGCAGGAAUUCUUUUUUGGGGAAGAGCAGUGUAAACCAGAGGUCAGCAAACUUUUUCAGCAGGGGGCCGGUCCACUGUCCCUCAGACCUUGGGGGGGGGGCAGACUAUAUUUUAGGGGGGAAAUGAACGAAUUCCUAUGCCCCACAAAUAACCCAGAGAUGCAUUUUAAAUAAAAGUACAUAUUCUACUAAUGUAAAAACAGGCUGAUUCCCGGAACGUCCACGGGCCAGAUUGAGAAGGCGAUUGGGCUGGAUCCAGCCCCCAGGCCUUAGUUUGCCUAACUCUGUGUAAACCCUCAUUUUCUGCCUGUCCAUUGGCUUGUAGAGGGUAAAUUCAGUUGCACCGCCAAAAAUGCAGGUGUAAGUUUAACCAAGCUUUGCAAGCAGGACCAGUGAACGAAGGGAGUUAAUAACAUGCAGUAUGACUUUGUUUUAAAUUUCUCCCUCCCUUUGCUACGAACAUUCCCACUCCUGACAAUGUCUUUCCCCCCUCGCCACACUGGCACAACUUAUGCCAGCAGAGCUUUGCCUCGGAUACACCCAGCUGAGUUAUUUUGGUGUUUUAAAGCUAGCUCAACCAGGGCAUGGGGAAAUAUGCAGUAUUCUAACUUCCCCAGUCAUAUCAAGGUGUUAGGUUUGCAUCUGGUUCAGACAAAAUGAGAAACUGGCUUUUUUCAGCCUGCUGAAAAGGGUUCUUCACCACUGCUCUAAGCAGUGAUUUGGGGUGAUUUUUUUCUCAACGCUUUUUUCCCCUUUGGAGAAUUUUUCCAUUUCAUAAUUUCAUUAGUAGCAAAGAAUAGGUACCAAUUGCAAAAAUUAAACAAGCAUGGCAGUUCUAAAAAAGACAAGUAGAAUGAAUGUUAAAUUAGGGAGUUAGAAAGUUUUCUGAUGCAAACUGAAAAUUUUUGCAGUGCAGAUUACGCUUAUUUGUACUGUAUAAGAAACUUUUCAGGAAAAUCCACAUUGCUGGCUAAUGGAAGAGCUAAUUGUUAUUAUAGAAGAAGGAAAUAUAUUUACUUGGAAAUACCAAGACAUUCAUAGUUUACUAGUGAAUGCAUUUUUUCUUCAUAGCACAAUGCACAAAUUAUUUUUCAAAGGAAUAUUUUGAUUUUCCAGAUGAAGUCUUUCUCCAUGCCUAUUUUCUCAUGGGAGUAAAUUGUUUCUAAGGCACAGCUCUUGUUGUUCUUCAUUGGAUAUACUGUGGCAAUUGUAAUCAUCUUCUCAAACUUCUCAAACUAUUUUUUAAAAAAAUAGUAGCCUUUGUCAUCAACCUCAGCCUACCAGGAUCUGCUUUAGGUGUAGCUAGAGGAAUGAAUGUGUUAGUCUUCUGGAUUUUGAUUUUUAAGAAAACAGCUGCAGUAUCCCUGUUACUAACCUCAAAUUUCUUUUGAAAUUCCCCUGAAUUUAAUUAGUUGUUGGCCACAUGAUCUGUGGGCUUUGUAGCAAGUUGAAAAUACCAAUGGAGAUGUAAAGUCAGGUGUUUGCUUAUCUGGAUUGUGGACAUAGUUCAAAGACAACUAGUUGAAGAGCAAAUGUUGCUCUUUUAUAUAAACUAAGGAUUGUAAUGAAUCAUUGUAUACUCUAAGGUUACGAGACGUCCCUGUUUCCCGGGGACAGUCCCUGGAUUUACAAAUCAGUCCCCUGACAAAAUCCACUGAAUUCAACUGAAGUUGAAAAGUGUCCCCGGAUUCAUUGAAAAAAAUCUGGUAACCUUAGUAUACUCCUCUUCAAAGAUUUCAUGCUCCAGUCCCCCCGCAAUUACUAGCCCCCUCAUACAUAUAUUUUUUUACUAGUGUGCCUGAAUAUAUUGUAGAUAAGGGCCCAACUCUGUUCUUAGUUACAAAAGCUUCUCUGGUUACUGUUGAGAUCUGUCGACUGACUGACCUCUUUUUAUGACAGUUGGAAUUGUUGGUAUUGGGAAGUUGCUGACUAAAGAAUUCUUCUGCAUUUACAACAAAACUAGUGUGUGCUAUAAUAUGGCCUUGCUGCUGUUGUACCCAAACACUUCAAUCCACCUCCUACUUGGCUGCAAUUCUAAUUCAUCACAGGCAGCUACUUGAAUAUCUGACAACUGAAGCCCUUAGUUCAGGGGUGGCCCUCCACAUGUUUGACCAAUAUUGAAAAUUAGAGAAGCCAAGCAAAUGGUGCUCCAUCUCAUUUUUGAGUGAGACUAUAGACCAGGCAUAGGCAAACUUGGUCCUCCAGAUGUUUUGGGACUACAACUCCCAUCAUCCCUAGCUAACAGGACCAGUGGUCAGGGAUGAUGGGAAUUGUAGUCUCAAAAACAUCUGGAGGGCCGAGUUUGCCUAUGCCUGCUAUAGACUAAACAUUAGCCAAAGUGAGAUAUUAAACUACAUAUAAAAUCAUAGUUUUAGAUUUUAUUUUAUGGUUCUCUGUAUGGCAUACCAGUGCACAAGACAUUGUUGUAAUUUCAGGUUUUAAAAAAUAUGUAAAUAUAUUACUUUUAAGUUGGUUUAAGAAUGGUAGCCAGUGUGUUUUUUCUGUACUGUAUAGGAAACAUGUUAACUAACUCAUUUGAAAACCAUCCUAUGUAAAGGUCAGACAUAUUUUUGAAGAUCAUAGCUGUACAGUAUAUUGUAUAAAGGUAGCAUUAGGAUUCCACUAUAAUGACUGUUUGUUUUUUCAUUCUUGGCUACCGUUUCUAUUUCAGGUAUGUAAUAUUUCACUGAUAGUUGCUCUCCUAAAAAUUGCAUGUUCUAUUUGCUCUAAACUUUGUUUCUUUCCAACCUAUCCCUCUUGCUCAGAACAAAUAUAUUGGAAGCUGAUGUGAUACAACAUAUUGUGCAUUGGAAAUUGUUGUACACACAUUUUGAGCACCAUAUAUGUAAUAGAAAUAGUGUCUUUUAGAAUGCUGCCUGUAAGUAGAAAUAUUUAAUUAUGCCAGCACUUGACUUUAACUUUGUUGAAUAGAAGUACCAUAUUUACUCGAGUCUAAUACACCAUCGAAUCUAAUGCAAACCUCAAUUUUCAGAACCUUGAAACAAAACAAAAAAAGUAUUUUCUGGCGAAUGUCAAUGUGCCGUUGAAUCUAAUGCACACCUUAAUUUUCGCUCUUAAUUUGGCCAAAAAAGGUGAGCAUUUGAUUUGAGUAAAUAAGGUAGUUUGCUUUUCUGGACAUGAUGCUUGUGGGAAUCCAAGAAAUUUUUUGUUUAUGUGUAAUCUUCUCUCUUUUCAUUGCAAUGCUUCCCCAGCAAGGACAAGUAUGGAAGGUUUGCAAAGCUUUUUCACCUUCCCUCUGCCCGCUUUCAGAUCAGUCUCAUACUUCAUGACUUCUGUCUCUAUAAUUCACGACACAAGUGUAGAAAAGUUAAUAAGUGGCUAUCUUGGCAUUUCACUAUGUUGCAUAAAAAUGCAUAGCAUGUUAUAAUUUGCAUGAGCCACAAAUUCUCUAUUAAAUUAGAAUUUUGUAUCUAGGAAGGGAUUUUGAAACAGAAACGGGAUUGCUGCACAGCGUUCUUCUGAGUAUGUAACAGUGGUGUGUUAAUUACACAGUUCAACUAUUCACCAUUUUCUGUCCCAGCUUGUCUUAACUAUAUGUUAGAAUGUAGCACUUUAAAAAAAAGAGUUCUACUUUAGAAUGUAGCACUUUUUAAAAAAGAGUUCUACUGUUACAAGGGAUCAUAAAUUUAUUAUGUAAACAGCUAGCCAGCUGUGUAGGAAAAGAAUUGUGUGACAGGUGAUUUAGAGAGUAAUGUCUUUUUUGAGAUCACUGAAAGAGUAGAUAAAAUUUAAAAUGUCCAAAUUAAUGUACAGAUGGAGUCACCAUUCAGUCUGGGGUGCAAUCUGUUUGAUACAUGCACAUUAGUUACAAUCUACCAGCAGUCCAGUUACAGUUCUUCAGCAAAUGUAUACAGCCGCUCUAUACAAAUUAAAUUCAUACCCUAGGAAGCAAGCUGAUAAGAAAAUAGCAUGUGGCAAUGGAACUUGCCUGCUGUUUGUGCCAUUAAUAGUCAACUUUUUUCUUGCCACACACCUCACUAACAGUAGACUUCAGGGGGGAAUGACAAUACCAAAUCCACAUAAAUACUUGCUUUUUGUGACGGAAGUAACUCUUUGUGGGGCUGUGGCAUGUUUGUAGGCCUAAAUAUAAUGAAUGUGGCUCUAGGUUCAGAAGCUGUGCCUAAUGAUAAACUUGUUAAAAUGUAAUUUAAAUAGUUCUACUCCAUUUGAACUACUCCAAGUUGUUUAGCAUAUUAGAGAGAAAUCGCAGGUGAACUACUGUUAACUAUAUAUUGCUUGGUUCUUUAUUUCAGAUAAAUUAUACUAAUAAUGCAAUAAGUGCAGCACUGCCCUGUAUAGGUGGUGACAGCUAGAGUUUUCUACCAGUUGAUUAGCAUCACUAAAUACAUGGUGAACCUACCUCAUGCUUUACUUCUAGCCAAAGUUUCCAUUUCUUCUUUUAAGACUGAACUUCCCCUUCACUGCUGUUCUGCACUAACUGCUUUGAAUUUCCAUGCAUUUUUCCAGUAGAAGAGCAUCUCUGUACUGUGUCACAUUACAUAGUCCAGCUGUGAGAAUCCCCACUCAUUUUUUUCACCUGCUCACUAAAAAGCUAAAGAAGUCUAUCUAGUUUCUUAUUGGAGAUCAGCUAAAAAUAUAUAGUAUUUAGUGAAAAGAAUAUAUGUUUAGUUUUUUUUCUUCUCAUUUUCUUCCAUAGGCAUGUGGAGACCCAAAAGCAAAACCAUCAUAUCUUAUUGACAAAAAUCUUGAAUCGGCUGUCAAAUUCAUUGUAAGAAAAUUUCCAGCUGUCGAAACACGCAACAACAAUGUAAGUAAUGAUACAACACUGUAAAUAUUUGGAUUUGCUUGAUAAUUAUUACCAGGCAGCUCUUCUAAUGCCAGUGCCCAUUGGGUGGGAUGAGGGAAGCACCGAAUGAUAUUGACACUGGUUAAAUCUCAGUGGUGUGUUGAUAAUAUGCCAAAAGAUCCAGUUCUGUAUAAAAGGCAGAUGUUCCAUAGCUGCAGCUUUUUCUGUUGACUGAAUUAUGGGGAAAGUGUCCUGGAUUGAGUUCUAAGAUCUACAGUUCUUAUAAAGGGACAGAAGCCUUGUGAAAUUUGGAAUAUACUAAUCCUAGACAGUGCAGGGCAGUGUUUCUGUGAUCAGAAUUGGAGUAUGAGUAUUUGUAAGAUGCUAAUUGAUGGCAGAAAUUCAUAUAAGGCUUUCAGUUGCAUGCUACAUUCCUUGGAGUAAGUGUUGUCAGUCAGUUUAUUCUACGGACAGUGCAUUGAAAGUCUACGUGUAUACAGCUCAGUAUAUUAACAAACCCAUUGUGGAAUAAAGCUCUGGGGUUUUUCUUAAGAAUGGAAAGUGCUACGUAUCUUCACAGAAGAUGGAAAUGACUUACCACUGGAAAAUAGUUGACCAGGAGGCUUCCAGUUUAGGUAAUCCUCCAAACUGAAACAGUUCCAGUUCUUGUGGAGUCAGACUUAGAACUAGAUGACUCUGCAUGUCUCAGGAAAGUUGGAAGAAGGGCAUUACUUGACUUAAAGCAAUCCAUAACCUGUGACCUUCCAUAAGUUGCUGUACUCCAGCUGGCAUCAUUCUUUAUUACUGGCCAUGCUGGUUGGGGCUGAUAGGAGUUGGAAUCCAAGAACUUUUUAGAGGUCUACAGGUUUCUCAUCUCUGCCUUGUUCAGUUUCCUUGCUUGUCCCCAGAUAAUUUGGUUUUGCUGUUGCCAUGUUGUUCCUUUUACAUUGACUUUCAUGUCUUGAAUUAAAAUGGGAUCAAAGCAAUUUAAGACUGUUUACAACAUUAAUUGAAUUCUAGUUGUAAUGCAGUAAACUCAUAAACUAACUGUGAUUUCUUUAUAAUGAGAAUUGAGAGGAAGAUAUUUUUACAUGUUUGUUUUCUUCUCAGAGGUGGAAAGGGGAGGCAGGUAAUGGGUUUGCAUGUUCUCUGCAUGCAAUAGUUUGCAUGAGUGCUUGAGAAUUCAAGUUUCCAAUACAGUUACUAAGCACUGGUAAUUUUAAGUGUUCUUUCCUCUCUUACGGUCAUUUAUUAAGUAACGUUAAAAUACACCUAGUACUUUUUAUUUCAGUGAUACUGAUUGCCAAAUGUCAAACAGUGCCAGUUACUAAGCAGAGAUAUUUUGCCAACCCACAAUUUCAUAUGUGACAUCAUAUAUUUAAACAUAAUGGCUUAGAUCCAAAAGUGUUCUGCUAGCAGAGAGUAUUAUGUGCUCAUGGAAAGGUUGUUUCUGAUUUAGUGGAAGAAUGUAAGAAAAGUGAGCUCCAAUCCAGAGAAGUCCUUCCUUUUUGUGUAAGUUCUUAUGUAAGACUUUACACAAGCACUUUCAAUACUUUUUUUAUAACCCACUGGAGCCUGUAUCUUCCUCAUUCACCUUGUUUCUCAUACAGUAAUGCAAUGCAACUGUGAUACUGUUCUAUGAGAAGUCUUGCACAAGAGUUCACAGAAUAGCAAUAAUACUUUUCCUCUUUUUGCUCGGAGUUCUUUGGAUCAGAAGGAUGCAGUGGGUGGGAUCCAGUGAAGUAGGUCUGUUGGUACAAGGACUUCUGUCUGCACAGCAUAAUUUCCCCUCCCUCCCUAUCCACCUUCUGCCCCUGCCCAAUCUUUCUGGGGUUUACCUUAACCCUCCAGAGCAGACUUGAGCAGGUGUGGGAGGUAUUGCAGAAAGAGGAGAGGGAGGGAAAAUUCCGUUGCACAAACGGAAAUCCUUCCACUAACAGAACUACUUUGUUGGAUACCUCUCAGUAUAAAUUUAUAUUUGACAGUUGAAGUUCUACUGAUUUGAGUAGCAAUUUUCUGUUCCAGACAUGGAUCUUUGGUUGUUGUUUUUUUUAAGCAGAUGGGCAUUAUUAACUUAGUUUCCAAUUUGCAUAAAAAAUAUUUACUUGUAACAAAAACAUGAAAAAUUGAUAUCUAAAGAAAGUAUUCAACUAGGGUAAAUUUAAAGAAAGUGGCUGUAUCCUUUAGAACAGAGCUAAUGCUUAUUUUAGGACUAUGUUAGACAAGUUGUACCUGUUUAAUAUUGUGUAUCAGACAUGAAUGCUAUGAAAUUAACAAGAAUUAACAACAAAAGCAUCAUUUUCAAAGGUGGAAGAGCUUGAGUUAAUGCAGGCAUCCCCAACCUUUGGCCCCCUAGAUGUUUUGGCCUACAAUUCCCAUGAUCCCUAUCUAACAGGACCAGUAGUCAGGGAUGAUGGGAAUUGUAGUCCAAAACAUCUGGAGGGCCAAAGGUUGCGGAUGCCUGAGUUAAUGCCUCCUAGGUAUUCAAAACUUUGUUUUGAAGUGUGAGAAAUUGAGUGAAAGUGUCUUUCCCUGUGGGGAAGCGUGUUGGUAGAUGCUGUCAGUUCCCCUUUUGUGUGUGUCAGGAUCUUCCUAUAGUUCUUAAAAUACUGACUUUCUCCCAUGAGGUAUAGAACUCUCAUAAUUGAAUAUCAGGAUCUAGAGUACAAUUAAAACCAAAAAAAGUAUUUGCUGGCGAAUGUAAAUGUGCCAUCAAAUCUAAUGCACACCUUAAUGUAGCUUGAUUGUAGGUGAAUUAAAGUUUUUUCUUUGGAUAGAAAUAAUAGAAAGUUGCAGCUUUAUAAAGGAAAAUGAGAAAUAAGUUUUGGACUGUGAAACUGUUUUUUGAGUUAUGGUACAAACUGCAGAAAGGAAUUUGCAGUAGUUAUUGUUAUUAUUUAUUACCCACACUUCACCCCAAGGUCCCAGGGUGGGUUACAGCAAUUAGAACAUUGCCUAAUGAGAUAAGAAUAAUUUGGAGAGUUGGGUAAAGGGAAGAAAUGUAAAAGGACAGGUAUCUAAGGACUCUUAGUAGUAUGGGAAUAAGCAGUUCAUCCAGAGUUCUUACGCUCUAGGACUGGUUUUCAACUAGUGUGCUGUGGCACCCUGGGGUGCCCUGAAUGAUGGUCAGGAGUGCCACAGGCAACACUGGCCUCCUUCCUUCCCUCCCUCCCUCUGAUGCCCUCUCAUGUCUCUGCUUCCCAAAGGCUUGCACAACUGUUUGUUGCAGCAGCCCUGCCUACAAGCUCCCCAGGCGAAUGCUGUCUCUGGGGUGGGCCAGGGGAUACUGGUUACCAUGAGCUCAGCGAGCCUUAGAGUAAGCAAGCAAGCAGGCGAGGGAGGCCAGCCAGCCAGUCCACCAGACCUUGCUGUUGGGAAUGAACAGACAAGUGGGAGGAUUGGCAGGCAGAUGCUGCGCUGGCCUUUCAUGUGCUUGCUGUGUGCAAGGCCUGCCUGGAAGCUAAGUACCCAGUGCUGAAGGGGAGCUUUUCCACCAUGCAGGCCUGGCAGCACCCGCUGCUGUCACUGCUGCCUCCCAAGGUGUAGUUCUGGCCUCAUGUUCACCUUUGGCCAGUCUCUGUCAGGCCAUCAAAGCAUCCUCUUCCCAGGCCCCUGAGGAGACAGCUCUCUCCGGGGCGGGUGGUUCAGAGACUGGGGUCAGUGGUGACAGCUGCUUGAAGCACUCCCAAGGAGAGGGGAUAGGAGAGGAGGCUGAGGGAACACUCCACAAGGAAGGGUGUUUGAAAAGGAGUGACGGGCUGCCAGCUCUGCAGGCAAGGGGUGACAUAACUGGGUUCCAAAGCCCCACAGGGAUGCUGCGGAAAGAAUGUAGGUGAUCAAGGGAGCCGUGGACUCAAAGGGGUUGAAAAGCUCUGCUCUAGGAUAUCCUGGAAUCAAACUGUAGUAAGUGUGCGAUUGUAAUAUUUACAUUGGGGGUUGUUCAUAUUUCUGGUGUGCCAUCUGUCUUAUAUAUAAGAAAAUUGAAAGGCUAAAACCUGUGGUGAUGUAAAGAGUUGAGGUACACUUCCCCCCAUUCUGAUUUUCUCAGUUUCUUUUAUUGAGCUGUUUUAGGUUCCUGAUACUUUCUGUACUCCAGCUCUCUUAAAAGCAAAACCGCUGAAAUCUUCCCCUUUUUGAACUCUCUCUUGCAGGAUUGUGUUAAAUAAUUUUAAACAAUCAGUUGCUGUUUAACUAGGAGCAAGCUGAGAUGGUACUUUAAUAGGGUUUAUAUCUGUAUUUAAAGAGAAGCCCUCAGGCUAAGCAUGCAAAUGAGCCAUUCUGGAAUACUUGCUGUAACACUAAAGAUCUAAGCUUUAUUUUAAUAUUAGGUUGAAAUCCUGUAGACAAGAUCUUGAAUGAAUAAUUUAAAACAUUUGCAUUUUUUCUGGCAGCGUAACUUGCAGAACAAUACUGAUAUUAUUUGAUGGAAUAUUGGACAACUAGCCUACUUAGGCAAUUUUUAGAAAUCUAUCUGAAAUCCCACAUGUAGACUGACUAAUCCGCCUUGACCCUCAACACAUACACCCCAGCUCGGUGCUGAGACCAAAAAGAUGUGUUGAAUCACAAAGCCCAGUGGAAUUUUAGAUAGGGAUAGAAAAUAACCAAACAACCCAUUGAAUAUUGCCCACUUUUUACUUGCUUGCUUCUUUAAAGCAAUUUUGCCCUGUACUUUAACUGGAAAAGCUCUCUGAGGGGCUUACAAUGAUUAGUAGUAAGAGAAUCCCUGCCCUCAGGCUUACAAUAUGAAAGAUAUAACACUCAGUGAAAAAGGGAUGGGGAAGGAGGAGGAAAAAAACAAACUCGGGCAACAUUUUUUAAAGUUAUAGUCAGCUGUAUUGUAGAACCAGCUAAAAUGGAAAUAGUUCACGUAGCCUGAGAGAAUGGCUACCACCAGUUGACAGUGGACCAAAAGCAGCUGGUUCUCAGCAAUGGUAACAGAAUAGUAGUCAGAUAUCUGAUUGUAUUAGAACUGUAAAAAAAAGAACAGGGUGAAUUAUACUAAUUACAAUAAUUUGUAUUAACCUUUGUUCCUGAGGACUUGUGGCUUGUUCUGUUCACAUACAGUCCUAGGUUAUAGGUUAUAUGUACAGUAGGCCGAGUCCACUGUACAUGUAACGUUCACACGCUCACUUCUGGUAUGCUAUCUGUCUGAUGUAUAAGGCUAGGGACAGACCCCAGCCCUGUUUCAAACUUGCAGUUGGAAAAGUGGGAGCGGAGAUGCUGGUGGGAUGCUCCAGGCUCCGUAGCAGUUCAGCAGCCAACCAGUUGCAAGUUUUUCUCCUAAUGUUGGGGAAAAGGUGGUCAUCAUUCAACUGCCAAGUGAUCACACACCUCUGUAGCUCUAGCAUUGGUGGGAUGACUCAUACCUGUCAUCACACAUGUGGUAAGUGAAAUUCCUGUUGCACUUGAAUUUCCAGCUAAUUCCCCCCCCCCCCCAAAAAAAGCUACUAUUGAAGUCCUCCUCCCUUUCAAAAGCAGUGUGUCAUGCAGUGUUUGGGAGGCCAGAGAGGUUAAAAAGAAAAGGGGUGUGUGUGAGUCUAAAGCUCUCUUGGGAUCACAGGACUGGUUUUGUGGUUCUUUGAAUCUUGGCAUGUGUUGCAGGUGGGCUGGCGUAGUUUAUAAAUCUAAUUGGAUAAAAUUUCCUGAAAAAAAUCGUUACAGGUAGUCUGAGAUGUGGUUCAUCAGCCCCCUUUCUGAAGGCGUGUAAUGACUAGCAUCAGUAACACUAAUUCGGGAAAGGUAUAAAUAAAUACUGUUUAAAGUUGAAUUAAUUACCAGUCUUGCUUUUUGACUACAGAAAACAUAAAAAGCAUAAAACAUUUAAAACUGGUAAAAGGCUGAGUGGUUUGAUAGCUUUGGUGAAAUAAAUAUUUCUUCACUAAGUGAUAAAUAUUUUCAGAAAACAACCUCAAUUUUUGAUACUUUUCUGUAUAAAUAUUCUACUAUAACAUAUAAGGAUAUAGCCAUAAGAUUGAAUAAUGUACAUUGAUACACUUAACUGCUCUUUGUUUCAUUACCAGUCUAAAAGUGUGUACAUUUUAAUGUGGUUACCCUACUGUAUUAUGCUGUAUAAUGCUCAGUGUGGUCUUUCAGUGUCUUUUCCUUGAUUCCCCCCCCCCCUUCUUAUUUAUGUCUAGCCAGUAUGAUGUCGUAUGAUGUUAUCCAAUUGCAGAAUGUGUGUGUAUGAUUGAGAUAUAAGUGAUAUAUAUGUCAAGGGAGAGUUAUUUAGCUAGAUGCAUAUGAAAGAAGGUGAUUGUGGAAAGGCCUUUAAUCAUAUUAGACUUUUUAUGUGUUCAUGAGUUGGAGAACCAUAUAGACCCUCCUGAAUUUGGGCCCGCAAUAUUUACCUUUCAUUUUUCUCAAAAGGCAAACUUUUAUCAAGAUUCUGUUGCUGAUGCCACCCUCUUUUAAUAUUUUGAUUAUUCUAUGGUAUCACAGUAGUUGAACUGGUCAUGCAUUUCUUCCUUACAUAGACCCAGACAUGAGCAAUGACAGCAUUUCCAGUGCAGUGGUACCUCGGGUUACAUACGCUUCAGGUUACAGAUUCCGCUAACCCAGAAAUAUUGCUUCAGAUUAAGAACUUUGCUUCAGGAUGAGAACAGAAAUUGUGCUCUGGCGACACGGCAGCAGCAGGAGGCCCCAUUAGCUAAAGUGGUGCUUCAGGUUAAGAACAGUUUCAGGUUAAGUAUGGACCUCCGGAACGAAUUAAGUACUUAACCCGAGGUACCACUGUACAAAAUACACUGAAGUCUAAUUGGCUCUACAUACUAUUUAAACAUAGAUUAUGCUGAACGUUCUUUUACAUGCAAAAUAUGUAAAUUUUAUUUUACAUAAAUAUGCUGCCUGCCAGCUCCAUUAGACUCCAGUCUAUUUUGUACUGGAAAUGUUCUUAUUGCUUUGUCAUGGAUAUAUGAUGUCUAUGUAAAGACAAAGUAGAAAUGGAUGGCAACACUGAUGUAGAUACACAAAAAACUAGAGUGGGCAGGAUUUUUCAUUUUUACAGUAGCCAGGAGUCAUGAGAUGCCAACCUUCAAUUUCAUAGUUCUGUUGACUGUGAGAACCAGCUUUUUUAUGAAACAGGGAAUGCUUUCCAUUUUUGUGAUCCAUAUCUGUAUAAUGAAAAUUGAAUUUGGGUAAAAGUUUUUUCCCUCUAUUAAUGUCAAAUGGAAGAAUGUAAUUUUAAAGUGUGAUAUUUAUCAAUGAAAAUAUCAGGGAAAAUCCCUGUGUAACUUUGUGGAAGACAUUGUCUAUCUAGUUCAUGCUCACAACAGUGUGGCAUAGAUGUGUGUUUUUUAAAUGCUCUUUAUACAUUUGAAGGGCAUGAAAUUAUUUUUUUAAAAAUUAAUAUAGGAAGCUGAAAGAUGUUCUAAUUCUUCCCUAGUCUUUUGUGUAACUUUAUUCUUUCCCUUUCUACUGAUUAGUUUGUAUCCUGCAGGAAUAACACAUUUGAGCACUGCUGAAAAAUACUGUGUGAAAAUCUACUUUUACAACUACUGAAUAUCCUUGUAUUCAUAGUCUCUCUUCCAUUUCCUCACCAGUGUCUAACACGCUAUCCUCUUGCUUCUUUUUCAUCUUUGUUUCUUUUGUUGCUUGUGUUUUAAUGUAUAUUGUGUUAUAUGGGACUGCUUAAAGAACCGUGACUGUAUUUUAUGUUUGUAUCUACAUUUUAUUUUGCAUGCUUAACGUGGCUUUGCCUGGAUAUUCUUUUUGGUAAGUUCUGAAUUUAAAGCGUAUUGUUUUCUCUGUAGUAAAAUCUGUAAACUCUGCUGUCACCUCUUUUCCCACCUCAAGAAAUCUGUCCUUAUUUUUUUCAUGCUGAUUUGUGCUCAUAAAUGGUUUUGCUUUGGCUAAUUACUCGUAUAACCAAUUCCUUUUUAACACUCUCUAAUCUCUAGUAGUUAUAGUUAAUAAUUUUGGUACUAAUGUGUACUAAUUAGCUGGUAGUUGGCGCUUAUUAAAAGAAGCGUUUAGUUGCAGAAUGUGGGCACCAUCACUUUCUUAACAUGCUUGGAAGGAUUGCAUAUAGCCCAAAGGUGUAUCCUUGCUUCUACCUUCUGCCCCUUGGCCCAUGUGGAUAGCGAGGUAUGCAUGUGCAGCAGUGUGCUGCCAGUUCCUGGAAUGGGAAGCUAGCUUGUUUGCUACUUGCCCAUCUAGCCCUCCCUCUCCAGGUCAGAGUCUGGCUUGGACAGAGGUCAGGAAGGGGAAGCAGUGCACUGGCUUCCUGUUUUCUUGACAAUUGCCAGCAGAAUGGUAGAUGCUUACAUCAAUGGGAGGGAGAGUGACUUAUUGAGCUUAAGGCAGGAGGAAUUGUGCCCCAUAGUUUGUUCAUAUAUUAAAAUCACAACCAUGGAGAAAUGCACUAAACAUUUGAUCACUGUAAAAAAUUGUGUACCUGCUUCUUGCAAGUAUGAUUCCUUGGCUUUCUUAAAAUUAUGCAUUUAUUUCCAAGAACUGUUUAGUUUAUAUGUGUGUGUGUUUGAUUUGUAGCAACAGCUUGCUCAGCUGCAGAAAGAGAAAUCAGAGAUUCUGAAGAAUCUGGCUUUAUAUUACUUCACGUUUGUUGAUGUUAUGGAAUUUAAGGUAAGGCACCUGAAGGACAGUUCAGCUGCUCUUGCAGGCCUUGAUAGAAUUUCACAACCAUUGAGUGCAGAUUAAAUAAUUUAUUAUGAAUUGCUUUUUUAAAAGUGCUUUCUAUGUUAAAGUAAUGGAUAUUUUAAAAAUUGUUUUUUAAAAAAUGUAUUGCUGUUAUUGGCUGAGGGUGUGUUUUUGGUUUUUUUUCCAAAUUCAGGAAAAAAUGUCCAGUAAUAAUUUCAGUAUGCAAUCAGAUUUUUCCAUUCUCUUUUUGUUUUCAAGGACCAUGUCUGUGAAUUGCUGAACACUAUUGAUGUUUGCCAAGUCUUCUUUGAUAUUGUAAGUCCAUGAAAGUUUUUAAAAAGUCAAUUGAACUGCAAUUCUUAAUACAUUUACUAGAGAGCGAGCGCAAGUGAACACAUUGGGAAAUUACUUCCAAGUAAACAUGCAUAGGAUUACACUGCGCAGCUGAGAUAAAAUGACCUGAGUCCUAAAUAGUUUAGGCCUUUAUAAAUCAAUACAAAUACUAAGAAUUGUGCCUGGAAAUGGACUGGGAGUUGAAGUGGCUGUUUAAACAUUGGUCUUGACCUAUUCCUCUAAUUGCAGUAAAGGUGGAAAAUGGUCAAAUGAUGCCGUAGCUCACUUCCAAUGUAUUAGUUUUGACUGGGAGUUUUGGUCCUUUGUGUAUGCACUGCUUUCUAACAUAAUUCUUGGAAAUAUCUGAAAAGGCCAUUCAGCCUGGAGUCCUCUAAGAGUGAGUCCAUUGAGUUGUGCUAACCUAUUACACAUUUUAGUGUUUAGAAUGUUCUACAGUAAAUACAGUAAAGAAAGAUAAUAUAUUUGAGGUGCUUCUCUACAUUUAAUAGGUGCUAAUAGGUGCUAAUUUUAAGUUGUGUGAGACUUUUCAAAUGCAUAUGAAAUGUAUGAAGGAUUAGAACUUGACGAUGAUAUGAGUAAUCUGUUACAAUACAAAACCUUUUUUGUAUUUCAUUUCUAGACUGUAAAUUUUGAUUUAACAAAGAACUACCUAGAUUUAAUCAUAACCUACACAACACUAAUGAUAUUGCUGUCUCGGAUUGAAGAGCGGAAGGCCAUCAUAGGGUUGUACAACUAUGCUCAUGAGAUGACACAUGGAGCAAGGUAAAAAUGCAUUGCACACUGAAUGCCUUUUUUGUGAGGAUUGGGAGCAUGUUAUACAAUGCAUUUUCCUUAAUCUCGUUUGUUGCUUUUUUUAGUGAUAGGGAAUACCCACGUCUUGGCCAGAUGAUUGUGGAUUAUGAGAACCCUCUGAAGAAGAUGAUGGAGGAAUUUGUACCACAUAGUAAAGUGUGUAUAAGCCUUUUUCCUCUUUCUGACCAUUCGUCUGACUGUCUCUCCCCCCUUUUUUCUGAAAAUAAAUGUGUAUAAGUUUUUUUAAAAAAAAAAUAGAAAAUUGAGGAUAAGCAGUUUUUAAUAAAAUUGUCAAGCUUUCCCCUCUUUCUGUGUGCAUUUAAAAGAAUUAAAUAGUUCAUUUAGCAAUAUAAUGGAAAAGUCUUCAGGAUAUUUCCAUAUAGGGUCCUUUUUACAACCCAAACCCAUGAUAGUUUGUGAGGUUAAUGGCAAUUCUGAAGAUGUCUGCUUAGAAGAGGAAAGUUCCACUGAAUCCAUUGGGGCUUAUUCCCAGGAAAGUGAACAUAGGAUUGCAGGCUUAAGUGUGGGGAUAAGGUACCAGCACACCAAACCACCUCUUCAGACACAAGUGUGGCCCUGAAAAGGUCAAGUUGGGGGUGUGCAUGCACAAUCCCUGCUGCAGUGUUUCCCUGCACACCGAUACUAUUUCAAACCUUCCCAUAUUUAGAAAGAAGGUCUGAAGGGGGAUUCUAAGCACAUUCAGGUGAAUGCACUUAGAAUUCCCCUUCAGGCCCUCUCAGAAUUAGAACACCUGAAAAGGGGACCGUGCAUAUAAAGUUCCCACUUUUAGCCCAUGUACAUUCUCCACAAAAUCCUGAGGUCUGUUAUCUUCACUUCUUCCCAGUGUUGCUCCUUUCUGUCCUACUCUGUCAUGACUAUCCCCAUCCUUGCAAAAAAAGCAGAGUAGGAAAUAAGAUAUGCCAUGCCCAUGACAGUUUGAAGCAAGCUUCGAGUCUUUGAGAAAUGAUCAAAUGGGUUCUUCAUUUACAUAUAUUUAGCUAAAGGAGGCUUUUCUGUCUGGUGGAUACAUUGGUUCGGCGUAGAAAUUUACUGUAGGGAUAACAUGCUUAUAUCCAAAUUCUCUAAUAUCAACCUAGUUAUUUAAGAACUUACAAUUUGCACUUUAAAAUAAUACUUUAAAUUUUAAAAUCCUUUGGCAAAGGUUGCAAGUAUGUGAGGCAAGGAAAAAAUAUAUCAAGUCCCAGCAUUUGUCUCAUACAGCAUUGGAUAGACAUGAAAUACAUGACCAUUAGAUGCUUGAGAGUACUGUAAUAAUGGAAUAGAUUAGAAGAACAUUAAAUUGUAUUUAUUGUACUUAACUGCUAAUCGUUCAAAACAAUAUGUUUGUAUUUACUGUGUUCUAGGCUCUUUCAGAUGCCCUAAUCUCACUCCAGAUGGUCUAUCCUCGACGAAACCUCUCAGCUGACCAAUGGCGAAACGCACAACUCUUGAGCCUCAUCAGCGCUCCCAGCACAAUGCUUAAUCCUGCACAGUCAGACACAGUAUGAUACUUUACUUUGAUUCAAUUCAAUUCUGUGGAACUUAAAGUUUGUGAGGUUUGCUUUUGAAAAUUCCCAGCUCAGGUUAUUCAUUCUCUCUCUCUCUCUCUCUCUCUCUCUCUCUCUCUCUGUCUCUCUCUCUCUCUCUCUCUCUCUCUCUCUCUCUCUGUGUGUGUGUGUGUGUGUGUGUGUUUAUAAUGAGGCAAGACUCCCCCCAAAGGAACAAGUGUGCAUUUUGGGGGUACUUCUGGAUCUACUGUUACUCAAGGCACAAGUGGCCUCAAUGGCACACAGUGCCUUCCAUCAGCAUCAGCUGGUGGCCCAGAUAUGGCCCUAACUUUUGCUGUUUGCACUCUAGUAACCUUUAGAUUAAUUACUGCCAUGUGUGUUAUAUGUGGGGCAGCUGAUGAUGGUUUAGAAACUGCAGCUAGCCCUGAAUUUGGCAGCCAGAUUUCUGACUCUGAUCUGAGUGUCUAGCACUAAUUCUGUCACAACUGUGCCAGUUACAAUUAUUUUCCAAACUCAAUUCAGAGUUAUGUUUUUGAUUUAUAAAACCUUAUGCAGCUCAGGACCCCAAUACCUCAGGGGUUACCUCUGCUCAUAUGAACCUACCUGAACUUCAUUCACCAUCAGAGACCCUUCUUCAUUUGCCUUCUCUGAGGGACGUGUGGAAGGUGACAGGACAAGAAGUGGAGUCAUAAGUCAUAAUGGAUAUGGGCAACUUUGUCCUCAAAGUGUCUUGCAAAUGUGUUGCAGCAUUAUACCAAAGGUUCUGUUGCAUCUGCCCCUGGGCCAGAUUUCCAAAGCUCUGCUGAAUGACACUGAGAAGAUGCAGAAGAAUAGUUGCUUCACCACAGAGUAGGCCCAAUAAUAGUCUCUUGCUAGUGUUUGAAUAACCUUCCCAUGAGUUUUACUCUACCUGUCCUCCAGCUGUCUUCCCACUGCCUCUAAGCCAGAGUGAGUAACAAGUGGAUCUCAGAUCAUUUAAGGUCAUUUUGAUCUGUGUGCCUCAUCAGGCUGCUAGGUCAUAGCAUAGAUUGUCCAUUUGUUCCUGGAACCAAAAAGAUGUACCAUAAGCUCCUAGAGUUAGAACUGUGCCCAGCAUAUGGACCGUGCCUUUCCAGGGUGUGCCCACACAAAGGAUCAGGAAGAGUUGGUUUAGAGCAAACAUGGAGAAGCCCUGAAAGUGUACUUUAAACCCUUUUGUAACCCUGAAGCAGCCCUUCCCUAAAGAAAUGAUUUCACUUAGAGAGCUGUUAUUAUUUCAUCAGCCUUGUUUAAAAUAUUGUACCCAGAGCUCAUGUAUUAACUAGAUUGCAAUGUGUCAUUUUCUGAUGACAGCUUGUUUUUACAAACAGAUGCCAUGCGAAUACCUGUCUCUGGAUACAAUGGAGAAGUGGAUCAUAUGUAAGUUUCAUGUUCUACUGAAGUGCUUCCUGUUUCUUUACAGCUGUUGUCAUGUAUAAUGGAGCCACGAGGUCAGUUCAGAUGUAACAGUGCCCACCUCUUAGCCAUGGUUAAGGGAGCAGGAGCAUUCAUUCUGUCUCCCAAGACCCAGUCUUCAUAUGUGCAAAAUGCACUCGUAGCUUAAACUAUUGCUAACCAACAUAAUUGUAACCAAGGUUUGGUCUUUAUCAGGAUUCUUUAACAAUUUUCAAACCCGGUUUUAAAACAAACUGUGCUUAGCAAUAACCAUGGCUAGCAUUGGUAUUGACUUAUCUAUUAGCUUAGUGAAGACACUGGGCGGGAGUGUGCAGGGAGCUCAUAUACGGGAGCUAGGCUGAGGCUAUUCUGAUCUCAUUAUCCCAUUAAUAAAAGGCAAUGUUACAAUUGUGUAAGCUCUAAGUUCUGAGGUAUUGGAAUUUUGUAAGCAUGUUCCAGAGCUAAGCAGUUCUAAUUCCAUUGGUAUCAACGGGGAAGUAAUAGAACUUUAAACUGCUUAACUUUGGCUGGAUUGUGUCCUAUGGGUGAGAUCAAACAUCACAUCAGCAGAUGCAAUUGGACUUGUCCCUUCUCUUUUCCCACCCAUCAAAUAUGUUCUGACAAGUUCUCCUAAAUCUCCAGAGGAGUUUUUGAAGGGUGGGAGCAGGAGCUGCAGGGUGGAGAAGAGAAAGACUCCUUUGCAUGUGAUAAAGUUCUUUGUGCAAGUUGACACCAUUGGCUGUUUUGUUACUGUAUUUGGCCUGUUCAAGAGUACUUAUACAUGCUGUAGAAUUUCAUUUUGCAGCAUGAAUAAAUGCAGAUGAUAUGCUAGAAAAAGGAUAUACUAUUUAUGGGUAAAAUGCACAAACAUUGUUUUGCUAUCGUAUCCUGAGCCUCUCUUUCAAAAAUUGCUUCCCAUGUUGAUGUUGCAAAUUUAUAAUCAGAUUUAUCAGCAUUUCUUUCUACUGUGCAUUUUCUAUAUUAAGCCUUUAUUCCUAAAUUGAUUAUUGUGAGCUUUGGACUUACGUUAGGAUACUUGGGCAGCAUCCAAACAUUUCCACUGGCACAAGCACUUUUGGCCACACAAUGGAGCUUCCUUUACUCAUACAUCCCUCAUGUGUCCCCUUCCUAAUAUAUUCUGGGUUCCCCCACCCCCCACCCUCUGGAGAAGAUUCAGAUAGUGGGAAAGGAGAGGGCAGGGAAAUUCCGCUGCGCAGCCAAAAGCUCUUGUCCUAAUGGAACUGUUUAGCUGACUACAGUCCAUUGACUGUUGAAUGACAAGUAGGUUGAGGAUUUACCUGUUAGUUGCAGUAAAAUAAAUCUAUGGGGAAGACCACACAUGUGACAGAGCAAUCUCACUUGCAUGCAGAAGCUCCUUUCUGUCUCCUGCCAGUCACCUUGUUGGGCUAGAUGGACCAAUGGUUUAACUCAUUAUAAGCUUCCCAUGUUCCUAUAAAAUGGUGGUUCCCAAACCCCCCCACCAUGGACCCCUUGAAAAUUGCUGAGGAUCUUAGUGGAGCACUUAAUGAUUUUUCAGCUUGUUAUAGUAAUUGUAAUGCACUAUGCUAGAUGCUGUAUGAUUUUUAAUUGUGUUUUUAGUGCUGCUUAUUUCUUCUUACAUUAGAUUUUAUUGCAUUCCAUGGAAUUGUAGUACAGGGGAAUCCCCACUUACAUGGGGGUUCUAUUUUGGGCCAGCCGUGCACAUCACCAGGAUGUGCGUAAGUGAGGAUUAUCCUGUUUCAUUUCUGGACCUGUUCCUCCCCCUUUUUGCACCGUUUCUGGCGUGUGUGUCAGCGGGAGUGCACAUGCUGAUUGCAUUCAAGUGGGGAGACUCCUAUACAGUUAAAUGCAAUAUAAGAAAUAGGACAAAGAAUUAAAACCAUUAAAAAUCAAUAUGAAUAUUUAAUACAAUGGGAUGUGUCAUCUAUCUUCAACUACAAAUCCACUGAAUGCUGCAGACCACCUUAAUGAAGCUUGUGGACCACUGGUGGUACAGACAACAGUUUGAAUUUGUCACCAUGAGUUUUACAUAAUGCUGAUUUCUCUUUCUCUUUUCAAAGUUGGGUUUAUUUUGUGCCAUGGAGUCCUGAACAGUGAUGCAACUGCUUUGACCCUUUGGAAGCUUGCUCUUCAAAGCAGUUCUUGCUUGGCUCUGUUUCGGGAUGAAGUUUUCCAUAUUCACAAAGCUGCAGAAGACUUGUUUGUAAACAUAAGAGGGUACGGUUUUUGAAAUACAGAUAUAGAUUAGAUUUUAUUGCAUUCGCUAUAUAUAUGCAUAUAGUGGCAAAUGAGAGAUAGAUGAACAAGAGAAGUCUUGUGGAAAUCAGUGAUAUCUAGGGUUGAAAUUGAGAAAGCAGCCGCAUCUUGCAUAUGCUUUCCCUCCUUUUACUUUCCUCCACAUAAAAUACCCCACAUAAAAUACUUUCCUUUACCCAGGUUCUUCAUUGUGCUUGAAUUGGGGUUUUUUACACCUAAUUCUUGGAGCUGCUUUAAAUUUAAACUUUGCUUUUGGUUGCAUGCCUUUCAACUUUGUUCAGAAAUUGAAGCCACACAUUCACUUAUUCAUUAGUCUGAGAUGGCAUUUGAUCUAAAUACAGGACCUUAACUGACCCGUUGGGAAGCCUUUUUCCAGGAACUGGUUAGUUAAAGGAAAGUUGCUCUUUCUGAUGCAAUUGUAGAGAAAUGGGAAGUCUUUAUCCCCAAUAUGUUUAUACAUUUUGUUUACACUUGCAGCUAUAACAAACGUAUUAACGACAUACGAGAGUGCAAGGAAGCUGCUGUAUCACAUGCGUAAGUGUACUGUAAAAUAUGUUUUUAUAAAAUACUACUAAUUAUGUGUUUUAGUAUUUAGCCAAAUUAUACAACUCUGUCAGCAAUGCUGAAAGAUAGUUGCUUAAAAGUACCUCAUGGCAAACAGAAAAAUCUCCUGCUUGUUUUGGGUAGAGAGUUGCCAGUUUCUCUUUCCUCAUCUGCUGCUCCUACAUACUUGGAAGGUCCAUCUCUUUGUAGCUGGUUUUGCUUCCUGUUCACCAGCUGCAUUUUUCAAUCCAAGCCUAUAUUUUAUACAAUAAAUUCCACUCUGUGUUCCCUUACGUUGAGAACUUCAGGGCCAGGGGCCAAAUGUGUCUCUCCAGACCCCUAUCUGGCCCUUUGGACUCUCUCAAGGUCCCCCCCCCCCCAAUGCCACAUCCCUUGCAGUUCUGCUUUGCACUCUUCUUGCCUGACUGGAACAUGUCCUUGAACUCUGGUAAUGCUGCUUGGAUGGAGGGCAGAGUGGUUGCUCUGUGUAGCUUACUGUACAAUGGAAAAAUUCAUAUUAAGUACUCUGCCCGCUUUGACCUCUGGCCCCAUCCACUAUGAGCGUGUGGCUCAUGGAAGAUUGCCCAGAAGAUAAUUCAACCCUGGGAUGAAAAUCAUUUCCCACCUUUGCCUUACAUAGAGUUGUAUAGCUGGAAGGGACCCUAAGGAUAAUCAAAUCCAACCCCCUGCAAUGCAGUUGUCCAAUACAGGGAUCGAACCUGCAACCUUGGUGUUAUCAGCACCACCUUCUAACCAACUGAGCUCUUGAAGCAUGAUUGGUCUGAUCUUGGAUAUUAUUAUUUAGUACAGGGGUGGCAAAUAUGUGACCAUCCAGGUAUUACUGGACUACAACUCCCAUUAUCCAUGACUGGGGGUCAUGCUGUCUGGGGCUGCUAAGAGCUGGAGUCCCAAAAAAAUCAGGAGAGCCACAUGCUUCCCACCUCUUUUCUCAGACCAGCUUGCUGCAUACAUUACAUAAAAGUCAGAGGCAAUGUUCCAGCCAAUAUAAAAAAACUGUCAAAAACAGAUUUUACAUAACUGUUUUCUUUAAAUCUUUAUUUCCACUGGUAACAUGAAAAUGUAAUGGCCUCACAAAUGUAUUAAAACUUGAUGUUAAGGAGCAGUAUGAGAGGUAGUUUUUAAACACCAUUUUUAAUUGAGAAUGGACUGCCAUGGACCCUAAGCACAACUUGAAAUGAUUUGUGAAAUAUAGUAUAUUGGUGAUUAAUUGCAGUAUUUGUAUUCUGAAAACAGCGGUUCAAUGCACAGAGAAAGACGCAAAUUUUUACGGUCUGCACUGAAAGAACUAGCUACUGUCCUGUCAGAUCAGCCAGGACUGUUGGGUCCCAAGGUAAGUAAGCUUAGUAAGUAGGAGGGAAAUUAUUUACGGGCACAAUCCACAAAGUUCAUUUCCAUUUGCUGUACAUUCACUUAUAAUAUCUGCAAAGGGAAACAUUUUAAUGUGUGUUUGGUUUUUUCCAGGCACUUUUCGUCUUUAUGGCAUUAUCGUUUGCUCGUGAUGAAAUUAUUUGGCUUCUACGACAUGCAGAUAACAUGCCAAAGAAGAGUGCAGAUGAUUUCAUAGAUAAGUACGUUUCAUAUCUGGUAUAUUUUAAAAUUCAGAUUUCUUGCAUGAUAUGGAACCCGCUGUUGCCAAAGCACUUUGGUAUAGUGUACUACUACUUGUUUUUCUUCUUAUUCUUCAGGCAUAUUGUGGUCUUGAUUGCAUUGAUAUAUGGAGGCUCUUUCCUUGACUUGGUUGAUCACUGUUAUUCCUAGAUAUGUUAAAAUAAUGUUUCCUUUCGCUGCUGUGGGAUUUGAAAACAAAAUUUCAUUAAGAUACAUUUGUGAGUGUAAUGAAUGCAAAGCCAUUCAGUUCAGAAUAAUGUGCUGGAAUUCAUAUAGCAAAGGUCUCGUGUCUAUCUAGCCACGUCCCCAUACUCAGCUCCUUUAAACAGUCAGCAUGCAUUGGGCAGGGUAGUGAUGAAAAAUGCCACAUUGGCCUUAGUCCAGAGAGCUUACGUAGAAGCUUCCCUAAAAAGAUUUCAAACAUUUUCUUUGAUUCUUCACACGCCUGUUGCUACAUUGUAGGCUUGCCUUGAAAUGACAUUAAAAGUGCAGUCCUAUACAUGUCUACUUAAAAGUAAGCCCCAUUUAAUUCAGUGGUAUUCACUCUCAGAAAUGUGUGUAUAGGAGUGCAGGCUAAGUCUUAAAAGCAGCUUAUCAUUCCUGUGUGUUUGUGUGUUCAGAUCACAAACAAAAGCUGUGCUGAGCGUGCAACAGUUAGUUGCAUAACUCUCUAGUCUAGAUUGUAACCAUUUCCAAAGGGAUAACUCUUAGUCUGUUUCAGCAAAAGCAGCAGAGUCUUGUGACUCCCCAAAGUACAUCCAAUAAUUGGGGGGUAGUUUCCUGGUGUAAAUAUGAAGCAAGUUGUACAGUCACUUUUUCUAAAUAAAUAAAAAAAUUGUCCAGUAGCACAUUAGAGACCAACUAAGUUUGUUCUGGGUAUAAGCUUUCGUGUGCAUGCACACUUCUUCAGAUACUUACCUGAAUCUAGAUUCAUUUUUCUGUCUUUGCAAAUUGUGUCUGUAUUGAAACUUCACUUUUAUAUAUUAACAAAUAGUUGAAUGCCUUUUUUUCCCAAUCAGCAUGUGGUUCUUCACAUACAUAAAGUUCCAUAACUGAUUUACGUUUACAAAAUGUAGAAAAUCCUGAUAUCACAACAAAAUAAACGAGUAGUGGCAGGCCUUUAAUAGUUGCCCAAGCUUGGUCUGCUAAGAUAAUACCUUCAAGAUCAGUUUGGUGAUAGUACUCCAGGAUCCUGGAGGAGUGUUGCCUUCUCUUGUGGCUGUUCAGCACCCAGCAAUCUGCUCCCCAAAACAACACAUACUUUUCUAAUCAGAGCAAUGUAAGAGGAUGUGUGCCGUGCACUUUUAUUGAUUGUCAGUUCUAGAGGAUCAACAGGAACAUUUGUCCCAUAGGUUGUUUUCAAAAGUGUUUCUUUUGAACUUCAAAGCAUGUUGUGACCCAGCCCUUAACAUUUUCUGCAAGUAGCUUCCCACUGGGCUUGAAAACAAGAGUGGUGAUGUCAGCAAAACCAUCCCUUUUUGUUUUCUUAAUUCCACCGCUUCGCCCCCCCCCUUUCUUCCAAAUAUAUCUUUUAAUAGCUGUUUUCCUUAAUUAUGUGGGCUCACUGGGGCAAAGCUAGAGAGCUUUUUCAGUAAUAAAGCGAAUGUGUUUAUUUACUUAAUUAUGGCCUUCCACGUGUAGUUUCCCUGCUAGCGUUCUCUCUAUCUCACCGAAAACUUGGGUAUACUUAAGUAGCAAAUAACCAUGAUUUAAGGACCAAUAAAAUGAGAAUUUCACACCACUUGACAUUUUUCACACAUGCUUACAUUAGUCAAUAUUCUUUGUUUCUCUUUCGUUCCUAAGGCACAUAGCAGAGCUGAUUUUCUACAUGGAAGAGCUCAGGGCACAUGUACGAAAAUAUGGCCCAGUUAUGCAAAGAUACUAUGUGCAGUACCUAUCGGGCUUUGAUGCGGUUGUCUUAAAUGAACUUGUGCAGGUAAGUGGUGAGGAUAUUGCUAUAAAAAGGUUACAAGUACUGAAUUAAGUACUGACUUGUUGAUUUUCAUCCUGAGUGAAGAAAUGCUAAGAAGUUAAAAUACCCUUUAAAGUAUCCUGUAAGGUGUGAACUUCUGUUAGGCAACCCGAAGACUAAAACAGGAUAUACAGGUUCCAUAGAACCUACAUAUUUUGUACAGACACCAGUCAAUCACAGAUACAUAGUUACUAUCAAUCACUGAAAAAUGACUAUUUUACUUUUUCAUUGCCCACUAGAUGGAGCUCAGAUUUUAUACUAUACAACACAUCCGCGUAGAUGUUCAACAUUUAAACUAGUAGUCAUCCUGUAGGGAUAAAGCUGCUUGUAUUGGGGAGGAAAUAAUCUUUUUGUUAAUUUUCAAUAGCAUGUAGUUAAGAUGACAUUGUAAUGAGGGAAGGCUGUUUGAAAACAAAAUGGAGUCAAUCAGCAACCAGUGUCUCUUCUCUGUAGUUCUCAGCCCCUUUAAUUGUGUACAUUAUAGCAUUUGUUUAUUACAUCUGAAUGGGCAGGGGAACUCUUUAAAAUGGUCUUGCUUUCACAAAUAAAUAUUCAGGCUCCUAUUAUACAGCGCUCGUAUCUUCCAUUAUUUUGGACUACUGCUAAAAAUGUGCUAAAUUCUUGAUUCCCUAUAUUGAGAAACAAAUAACAAGCAUUAUAGGCUUAGUGGAUUAAGUGACAUUAGGUGGAUUAAUUGACGUUGGCACCCGUGAAAUAAUGCUAACCCCACUUCGCAACCCUAUGUCAGAAAAACAGUUUCCAUACUUCAAUUGCCCAAGUGGAAGUCUGAAAGUUUGUGGGGUGAUUUUGAGGUGGUGCAGGGAGAGAAAGCAGGCUCUCUGUAUACAGCUGCCCUUCUUCUCAUGUACUUCACAUUCAGUACUCUCUCAUACAUAAACUAUGUGCAUCUUAGUCCUACAUGUGCUCCACUGGCACCACUCACUAUUUAUCCCGCUACUUUUUAAAUUUAUGUCCUUAUAUUUAUAUCCCACGUUUCUUUCAUUGUGGAGCCUGUGUGCUAUUCAGGCAGCGAUAAGGCCCAGACCUACUUAAGUGGUGGCCUCAUGUGCCUUCAUACCAUAACCUGUGAUCUCAUACACAGACAAGCACCAGGCUGAGGUCCAGAUGGAGCUGCACAGAAGUUUCCUGCCAGCCACAUAUCCGUUGAUGUGUUCUCCACUUUAUUGUGAUGCAGUGAUAAUUGUGUAGCUGGCAAAAUAACAGUAGCGUCCUGGUUUCUGAUUUUUUAGAAUCUUUCAGUAUGCCCUGAAGAUGAGUCCAUCAUUAUGUCCUCUUUUGUAAACACCAUGACCUCCUUAAGUGUGAAGCAAGGUAAGUUAUGGAUAUGUAAGCCAUGAACUUAAACUAUGUCUGCCAUAGCAAAAUUGGGAAUAGUGUGUCUUAAGUGGGUAACAUGAAGGACCUGCAGAUUUUGUUGGGUCAACUCUCAGCACCUCCCUACAGCUUGGGCAAUAGCACGGAAGGUGGAACUUACAGUCCAAGACAAUCUGCUGCCUUAGAGAGUACUAAUUCCUGUACAUAUUGUGGAUAGAUAUGUAACAUUCAGAUCCUCUGUGCAUUUCUGCAUAUAGAGGACACUGCCAUGUUCAUGAGAGGAGCAUACAAGCAUUGUGAAUUGCUGCCUUCUUCUGAUGACCUUUGGAAACCCUACAUUUGCUAUCCAUUGGCUUGUGAAAAACUAAGGUUGCAAUCCUAUAUAUACUUGCAUGGGAGUUAAUCCCAUUAAGUUCAGAAUGGACUGGACUGUAAGGCAUGUAUACUUUUGAGACCGUAAUCCUACACAUGCUUACCUUGGGAAUAAAUUAUACUAAAAAGCGUGGGUCUGUCUUCUGAGUAAAUACACAUAAGACUGCUCUGUAAAUAAGAUACACAUGCCAGCUCUCCCCACCCCUCCAUUUUUUGUUGACUUUAAAUAUGUGUAUUAAGUGGGUGAAACAUUUGUCCAAUUUUUUUUUCAUAUUUUGUUUUUCCACAUGUUGCAGUUGAAGAUGGGGAGGUAUUUGACUUCAGAGGAAUGAGGCUCGAUUGGUUUAGAUUACAGGUAAGAAUUACUUUUGUGCACUCUUCAAAGCAAUAUUGCUUUCCCUGUGUUAAAGAGUAGAUCAGUUUUAAAUCAAAGUGAUUUAAAAUAAUUGAUUUAAAUAUUUGAGUUCACAUUUUGAAAUUCAUGUAUUCCCAAACAGGCAUUCAGGAAGGGAAUGGUUCACAGUAUGAGCAGGGUGUUUUUCAUAAACAAACAAACAAACAAAACAGCUAAAAGGAGGAUAAAGCCAAGAUCAUGGUGGAGAAAAAUAUGUAGGCUGACUAGUUUUGAGUAAAUUCAGUAGUAGACUACCAUUGCUUUUGCUACUGCCCAUAAUAUGAAUGAUGCAAAGUUGUAAAGAAGGAUAGAUUACCGUAUUUUUCGCCCUAUAGGACGCACUUUGUCCCCUCCAAAAAUGAAGGGGAAAUGUGUGUGCGUCCUAUGGGGCGAAUGCAGGCUUUCGCUGAAGCCUGGAGAGUGAGAGGGGUCGGUGGGCACUGACUCCUCUCGCUCUCCAGGCAGCUCUGCGCAACCCUUGGGAGACCGGCUUGAAGACGCACGGGCUCCGAAGAGUCGCGCAGAGCUGCCUGCGCUCCCGGGGGUCGCUCAGCUCUGCGCGACCCUACGGAGCCCGGCGCGAAGCUGCGCGGGGCUCCAAAGGAUCGCACAGAGCUGCCUGCAUUCCGAAGCCUGGGGCGCGUCUCCCUAGGCUUGCGGAUAGCAGGCUGUUCUGGGGUCGGGGGAAGCCCGGGCUUCCCCCGCGCCAGCCCCGUGCCUGGGGGGGAAAUAAUUUUUUUUUUCUUUAUUUCCCCCCCAUAAAAACUAGGUGCGUCCUAUGGGGCGGUGCGUCUAAUGGGGUGAAAAAUACGGUAAUUCAUAUGUGUUGUUCAGAAAAGGCAGGCAUUGUGAAAAGGAGAUGAAAUAUUCAAAAAAAAACCCUAUGCUGCUGUUACUUUUUAAAAUAGAAUGGCACAUGAAAUACCUGAAGUAGCAUAUAUCAAUGUACAAAUUUAAUCUGAAUUGAAAACUUUUUCCUAGGAUAAACUUCAGCAGACAUUUUCACACACACUCCCAUUGUUCAAAGCAGGAGCACAGAAUUACAUCAAACAGUUUCAGGAAGCGUGAAAUAGAGUGAUAAGGAUAGAAGAGAAGUCUGUAAUAACAAAGCUGUACGGCUAAAUCAGAGUUGAGAAGGUUAUGUCUGUUCUUCAACACUUUAUUACACAUACUCAAAGAGAACCUUUGUAGAAAGGUCACAUUGCCAGACACUAAGCCAGUCAUUUUUCUUAGAAGUUGGUUAGGAGAUAAUGUAAAAGGCCUGGUUUUCCUCAGUUGUUCAAAGAAGUUGUAAAGGCAAACAAGAGUUGGAAGAACAUACAUUCCUUUUUAUGCAAUGCUGGAUUUAAGUUUGUUUUUAAAACAAAAAACAAAAAACCCACCUUCCAAAAAUAAGACAAUAUGGUAUAUGCUUCAAGCUCUGUUUUUUGAAAUUGGGCCCAGUAAAUCUUUGGCUACAAACUAAGAGGAAUUUUUGAACAACCAGCCCUUUUCAAGCAGCAGUAGCAAAAUAGUAUGGCAUUACUAUGCCCUGAUAUUGUUUUGGUCCUAGUAGGGUGCCACUAUGAAAAUAUUUACCUUUUCUUCAACAAAUAUUAUAAGCAGGUUUUGUCUAUAAAUAUGAAUUUGACUCUUAAGUACAAGUAAAGCAACUGAAAAAUAAGGCUUGCUUAGUGAAUCCUCAAAUAACCUCUUUUGUGGAUCUGCACAUUUUUUAAAGUCCCAGUUUCAAGAAUGAGCAAAGCCUCAGCAUGUUCCAAAAGUAGAUAUAUAGGAGUAAGGCAGCUUAGAAUGGGUUGUAUUAUAAACUUGACUUGCCCCAAGCAAAUUAGAGCAAGCUACAGUGCUACUGUGUGUGUGUGUGUGUGUGUGUGUGUGUGUGUGUGUAGAUUUUGCUCAUUUUAAAAAAACUAAUGCUUGCAUUCAAAUGAAGGCAGAUUUUUAGAUGAGAAUUAGAACCUGGAUAAUGUGAAUUGUUACUUUUUUAUGUCCCAACAGGCCUAUACUAGUGUAUCUAAAGCUUCGCUUGGCCUCGCAGACCACAGAGAACUUGGAAAGAUGAUGAACACAAUCAUUUUCCACACAAAAAUGGUAGAUUCCUUGGUGGAGAUGUUGGUGGAAACAUCUGAUCUUUCUAUAUUUUGGUAUGUUGUUUAAUUUCAUUCUAAAGCUUUCUCGUGGUUGUGAUUUUUGUCUCUUUUGCUCUUGGGGAAGAGUCAAUGUGCAGUCAGCUGGAGACUGUCUUGUAUUUCUCGGGUCUCCUUCUGCAGUAGCAGCAAGAUAGCAUAUUUUGUACAAAAGAAAAUUACAAAUAUCUAUCUCUAGGAUUUCUGUGAAGGGAAGGUGCAAAUUAUGAAGUGCUAUGAAUGUUUAAAAUGCAGUGGGAGUAAGCUUAAUGGAACUCAGUUGGGACAUCUGAGUAGAUGUGUUUAGGAUUGCCUGGUUAGUAAGUUCUACAUGCUGUAGAGGGUGGAAGUGAGUAAUCCUAACCUAUGCUGGGUCUUACUAGUCCUUUUGAAAAUUUUAGAAGCAGCUUAUACUACCCCUAAGGGUAACUUGGGGGUAACAUAAUCCAACACUUUGCAUCCCCCAUUAAUUUCACCCCCCCUCAUCAAGUCAUUGAUUUUGCUGUGCUACAGGACAUGUAGUGGGAGGUUUUAAUAAUACAUUCUUUUCCCGCUGCUUUCAGUUCCCUUGGUAAUGUAAAGUGCCAUGAGUGCAACUCUUUUAUUAUUAGGAUCUGGUACAAGUGCAUGUAAUUGCUCAAGUUCAGUGAUUGUGUGGACACGGGAUAAAAUGGCUGGCAUUUGAAAUUUUUCAUAUGCUUAGUUGCAUCUGUUAAAUGGUUUUUUGUUGUUGUUGUUUUGUAAUUUUUUUGUCCCAGUGGAAUGAAAACUUAACCUGUGUUUCUGAAUAGUUUCUAUAGCCGUGCUUUUGAGAAGAUGUUUCAGCAGUGUUUGGAACUGCCCUCUCAGUCCAGAUACUCCAUUGCAUUCCCACUGCUUUGCACUCACUUUAUGAGCUGCACCCACGAGCUGUGCCCAGAAGAGGUAAAGAACCCAUAAUCUUCUCUUUGAUAUUGGUUUUCACAAGAAGAGAGUAAGGUAGAGAAACAUAAGUAAAUUGGGGGCAUGGAAUAGAGAAGUGUGGCAGGCAAGUAAGUUGAAAUUUACACCUACAAAAACUUGUUUCUUAACUCUUGUUUUUUAGGGAGUCACAUUUGAUUAAGUGGACAUUUUAAGUUGUAUACACAAUGAACAGUAUCCAGUGCUCCCGUUCUGCUAGUGCAAGGGAUGUGCAGAUACAGAAGUGAAAUUUUCCCUCCUCACCUUUCCCCUGCACCCCCCUGUGCACCUUCAAAAUCAUAUAUUAAGGAAGGACCCUCCAGAAAAAGGGGGGGGGCACAGGGGGAGAAGAAGAAAUGGAAGUCCUGUGGUGCCAGCAGAGCUCUGCUAGAGCAGCUUUGGAUACAUUUAUUUUUUUUAAAGCAAGCUUUUUGGAUCUUCAGCAAAUAGAUUUAGAUAACUUCUGGUUGUGAGGCUUGAUUUAUUGCUGUUCCAUGGUUCAUUGCUUAAAUGAACUUAGUGUAAGCAUGUUUCACUGAUAAUGAUUUUUUAAAAACCUUUUUAAGCACUAUGGCAACUAUGUUUGGAAAAACAAGGUUUCUGUUUUUAUCUUGAUAGAGACAUCACAUUGGGGACCGUAGCCUUUCCCUUUGCAACAUGUUCCUGGAUGAAAUGGCUAAGCAGGCUCGGAACCUUAUCACAGAUAUUUGCACUGAGCAAUGUACUCUAAGUGACCAGGUGAGAAUUUAAUUUUAGUCCCAUUACCCUGCUGUGGCAAAGCUUCUGUAUGAGUCACUGAAAUAAUGCACAUUCUUUGUUUAGUCCAUGCUGCCAUUUCCCUCCCUUUUUUUAUUUUCCUUGGGUUUAUUUUUAGUUUGCAAGUCCCUUGGUGUAGAGUCAUCACAUAAAUGUGCCAUCUCCUUUGUUCUUAAUUUAUGAUAUAGUUUUCCAUAAGGUUCUAAUAAAGUUCUGCUCAUAAUAUUUGUAAUAGAAGGCUGUUCUUCUCCUGUUCUUAACUAGAAGGAAUAGUAACUACAUUGAAAUCACUUGAGUUGGUAUCGAGUAGUUUGCAAGUAUUCGGUAUAUUGGAAACAAAAUGAACAGUUUAAAAUCGAAAUGCGAAGUUUGAUCUAUUUAAUGGCGAUGGUUUUUGUGAACUGCAGCUCUAUUUUGAAACUAACUGCAUUUUUUUUUUAGUUGCUGCCAAAGCAUUGUGCCAAAACCAUCAGUCAAGCAGUGAAUAAAAAGUCAAAAAAACAGACGGGUAAGAAAGGAGAACCAGAAAGAGAAAAACCAGGAGUAGAAAGCAUGAGAAAAAACAGGCUGGUGGUGACCAAGUGAGUCUUUUUCAUCCUUAUCUUCUCUUUUGAAUGUUGCUUAACAGGCAGUCUAACUUCUUGAACCAAUUCACUGGCAUUUUGUAGAUAUAUUUUUUAAAAUGCUCUUGUGGCUCGUAUCCAGUUGAUGUCAUCUGCUGACAAGAAGGCACCAGGCAGUGGAACAGUAAAAGAGGAGGUUUCCAUCAAUGGCUUCCUCCGAAUCUGCUGCAGACUGGGAAUUCCUGGAAAAUGUAUCCCUCCCAAUUUCAUUGACUAGUACCUUCUAUCAGUAGAGAAAAACCAAUUGGAUGCCAUCCUAUGUGUUUAUAUAAAAAUAUGUCAUGCAUUCCUAUCCUGUAAAACAAACUUACCUUUAUGAACAGUAAUCCUUUUCUGCAUUCCCAUUCAGCAUGCUAAAAAUAAAAUAAAAAAUGGGUGAGGUAUAAUAAUCCUGUCUUGUACGUAUAUGACCCAUGCCAUUGUUUUUAGCAUAGGCAAGGGUACUAUAUGGCUGUGCUGUAAAAUAGCUUAUAUAUCCUUACCCAUCUUUAAUGUUUUUUGGGUUGAGGUGGAAGGGGGCUGUAAUAGUUAUGACAUUGCUUAUGUGGCUUACAUGUUUGUGUGCAUAUUUUUUGUUUUGUCUUUUGCAGUCUAGACAAACUGCACACGGCACUUUCUGAGCUCUGCUUCUCAAUCAAUUACGUUCCAAACAUGAUUGUGUGGGAACACACCUUUACCCCAAGGGAAUACUUAACAUCACACCUGGAAAUCCGUUUUACCAAGUAAGUGGUACCAACUUGCACAUUUGAUACUUAGUUGUCUUGAAUACUUUUAAGAAUACUUUAACCUGCUUUUCAUCAUAUAAUCCCAUUAACACAAAAUUUUCCCAGAGAUAGAGGAGGUGGAACAGUGUAUCCCUAAAUCAGUUAAAAACUUCAUGAAGUCACCCAGAGCUCCUCAUUGCAGCUGCAAACUUAAAAUGAACGUCUGGUCUGGGCAAAGUUAUAUAUUGUACUAAUAUCAAACUCCACAGUCUCCGUGUGUCGUCUGAUAGUUAUCAACCACACAACAAAAGGUUUAUUCUGGCACUUCCUUUGUACCAUGGCAGAUGCUUUUUUAGUGUUCCUCCUUCCACAGUGUCAAGAUCAUAUGAGGGACUACCAUGUUAUGGCCUAGUGCUUGUGAUGUUGCUCAAAUGGUGUGGGAGCACAUUCGACACUGCAAAGGUAGCUCUGUGCGAUUCAAGUCUUUAAAAAGCAAUUGUGCACUAAAGAGUCAGCGGUGCUGGAUUCCCAAAAAAACAGACCAUUCUGCCAUUAAAAAUAUGGUUAGUUUAGUAGCCCAUAUAAACAUGUCUUUGCUAUUUAUAUCGUGACUAUUUCUCAGUGUGGGUGGGUUGGUUGCUGCUGUGCCAUUUUUAUUUUUGUUAUGUGACAGUUUCUGAUAGAAAUCUCUGAAAGCAUGCUUGUGUCAGGGGCAAGCUUGUAAAAAUAACUAGCAAUGUUCUUUCAGCAUUGAGACUUAUUUGCUAGAACUUAAUAAAAGCAUUCAUUUAAAAAAAAAUAUUCUCGUCCAAUAUAACCAAAUAAUUAAUCUUGAGCUGACAUUGCCCUUCUUUUUCUUUUGCUUCAACUUCCAUCCAGCCUAGUGGUUGCCCAUACAUAACAGUUUCUACCUGCUAGUUUCAAAAUCCCCAAAAUUUAAGGAAUCAAUCCUAUUUUACAAAAAGAAAAAUUGUGCAUGCAUAAUUCAAAUUAUGUACAUGCAAAGUUGGUGAGUGGGAGAUGGAAAAUGAAAGAUUCAUAUCCUGCUAGUAUGUGGGAGCUUUUAGUAUAUUAGCCUUGCCAUUAUCUGAUUUAAUAAGCAAAUAGUAGACUUGCAUCUCAAGGAAGAAGAGAAACAGAUAGGAAACAAGAAUUUUAAAAUUUCUCACAGCUGUAACUGUUAGGACUAAAUUGGUACAAAUUUUAAGCAGCAAAUCUGACUUUUAUACAGGGGUCAAAUAGAUAGCAAUAGUUCAAUAUAAGAUUGCUGAAUUUCCCUCCAUACAUCUUUCUGUACAAUGGCUGUGGGGAGUAGCUUUCUUCAGCUCCAGUUUGCAGCUUUCUAACACCCAGCUGCAGUGUGCUUUCACUCUAUGUUGGCAAUAUUCAGCAGAGUCAGAGUAGACAACAGAUAAUGUCAGAAAAGUACGGGUGCCUCUUGGUGCAAAUUUAUCCCAAAUUUAUCCCAAAUGGUCAGUUAACACUACAUGCCAGGUCUGAAGAGUGAUGGCUCACCUUGAUAUUAGGCAGGACAUAGCACUCAUGGUUCACUUCAGUAGCAUGCUAAUAACUUUCUUUCUUUUCAAAGGUCAAUUGUUGGCAUGACUAUGUAUAAUCAAGCAACACAAGAGAUCGCAAAACCUUCUGAGUUGUUAACAAGUGUGAGAGCCUACAUGACAGUACUCCAAUCAAUAGAAAAUUAUGUACAGAUUGACAUCACAAGAGUGUUUAAUAACGUCCUCCUUCAACAAACCCAGCACUUAGAUAGUCAUGGGGAGCCAACCAUUACCAGUCUGUACACAAAUUGGUAAGAAUCUGAGUUUCAUCCUGUACCCCUUUUGCUUUGUGAGAUAAAAGUUUUCAUGCAGAAAAGAAAAAAAUCUGGAAGGAGGAGAGUGCCAAGGUGAAAGUGAGGCAAAUUGCAGCUUUUAAUCUGAGCUGUGCCCUGCUUCCCCAUGCAACUUGAAAUUGAGAUAAUGUCGAAGAAAAACUGAAUCGCAUGCCAUGAACAAUGGAUGCCAAUAAGCAACAGCGUUUAGCUUUCUAUUGCAUACUAAAAGCAAACUACACUUUUAUUUAAAAUGAAGUUGCUGACUAUUCAAGGGAAACAUCAUUGAGGAUUAUGCAAUUCUUAAUACAUGUGUGUUGUGGCUUUACGUGGACUUUCAAGAUCAACUCUCAGUGACAAAUUCAGUGUCAAUGCAGUUUCAUCAAAGUUAAGGUGGUAAAUGAAAUUAAUGGUAAGGAAUGUUUGUAGUCUACUGUAAAAAUAGAUAAUUGUUUCUUUCGUGAAGGUAUCUGGAAACCUUGCUGAGGCAAGUCAGUAAUGGCCACAUAGCCUAUUUCCCAGCGAUGAAAGCAUUUGUGAACUUGCCUACUGAAAACGAACUGACAUUCAAUGCAGAAGAAUAUUCAGACAUAUCAGGUGAGUUUUCCCAAGGCUCAGGGUGGGUGGAAAAGCCAAGUCUCAUUUUUAUACCAAACUUUGGAGACAGUAAGCAGCACUACAAGUUCCCCUUGCUGCUUCUGACCCUCUCUAAUAUCUAGGGAGAACUAAGGCUCUUAUCAGGCCUCUUGACCUCUGGUAGUACAGACUAAGCUAGUUAAGAUGGAGGGUUUUCAUUUUUAUUUUCACCUAUUUAAUAUUCAUACUGUACUGCAAUACAUCGCUAUAUUACAGAUGUUGCAUCCUGAGCAUUUGAAAUAGGAUGCUGGAAAUUUAAAAUGUGUGAAAUGCAAUAGCCCUUAUAGAAUGAAUUAAUAAAAUAUAGUGUGUUCAUUAAAUUAAGACAAUAUAAUUGGUUUGCAGCAGAAUAAAUGCUUUUUCUUCCUCAGAAAUGAGAGCCCUGUCAGAACUCCUUGGUCCAUAUGGCAUGAAGUUCUUGAGUGAAAGCCUUAUGUGGCACAUUUCCUCACAGGUUGCUGAACUCAAGGUAACUUCCAUUGCUUCUCUUUGGUCAUUGCUUUUAUAAUUAAAAACAGAAGUUGCUUUAUAGCAAGAAUACAUGGCCUGAAUCCAAAGAACUACUUUAGACUAGUCCAAGCAUUUGUACUUGCUCAUCAGAGUUUUGACCCUAUUCCUUUGAAUGAGGAACACUCACGACAUACUACAAACAGGCGUUUCAAUUCUCCUCACACACAAAAGGCUUUUGUUAUGAUGUGCCAUUGGUUGGAGUGACUUUAUAAGCAAUAUAUGUCUAAACACUCUGCACAGAAAUACUGGGGAAGAUCUUUGGAUCUGCUCAUAUGUAUUCUAUUUCUUUGACCUUUUUUUUUUUAAAUGUGCAUGAGCCUCAAGUCAGGUUAGAUUGUAUCCUGACCAGCACAUAGUUUGUUCCUUGCUGUCCUGGUGCAAAACUUCAGUCAUUACUUGUGUUCCUGUAUGCUGCUUCUCCAGAAGAGAUGACCUUGGUUUGGGGGUCUCUGAAUUAGCUUAUAGUUUAGCUUCUACUAACAGAAAGCAUCAGGAAAUGGGGAAGUGUCUCUAGCUUUGGUCAGCAGGGAUAAUAAACAUGUGCUCCUUGGCCUAAUUUUAUGUGGUUAGGGGAGUCCAGCGAAAAGGAUAGGGAGUUGGGGGAAGGAUAGGGGAAGAAGCCAAAACAAAUGGAGUGAGUAGGGAGAGGAAUGCGCUUGGCAAGUGAUUAAUUCAGGUGUUCAGCCAGAGCAAGCUGUCCAUCCUCCACGAGCCUGUUGGACAAGGAGGGAGAGAUACAGAGAAGAGGGUAGUAGAAUGAGGGGGGGGGGAGAGAAAGAAGGGGCGGCCCACCUAUCACCAGCUUGCAGCUCUUGAAAGGGAAGAGAAAUCCCUUUGGGAUGGGCCAGAUUGAAAAACCCCUAAGUGCUGCAUUGAACUCAGGGGUUUUCAGUUGUCUGCCCUUAGUUUACAGUGAAUAAAUGUAAACUCGCUGGGAGUGGAGGGAGAGAAGGUUUAAUCAUAGAGUUGAGACAGUGAUUAGGAGAUUGGUCUAGACCAGUCACAGAAAGCGUGUGCCUCUUCUUUACCUUGUGAGAAAUAAUUAUCCACAUGAAAACAUAUGGAAGGGAAAUCCUAAAGCGGAACUAAGAAUGGCAAAUCGUAUGCAAAUUGUGUCUCACCCCCAUGUUGUUUUCAUUGCACAUUGUGCAAAAGACAUUCAAACUGUAAUAAUUCCAUUAUUCUACAGCAGCCCUGCUCAAGUUUAAUGAGUCAACUGGAGCUAUAAGUGCUUUGUGGAACAGAAGAGAGCCUUUAUUAUCACACCGUAUGCUUUUUGUUUGGUGCAUAGCUGGGCCUUACUUAGUAUAACUAGUCAGAUAAUGGGAACAUCUGGAUUUCAUGAGCUCUGCUUCCUGCUUGCCACGCUGAAAUGUCCUAAAGCACCCGCUUGUUACUAUACUCAGAUCUAUGCCUGACCUGAGAUCUUGCUUCGUCUUAGAAACUUGUGGUAGAGAACGUUGAAGUGCUAACGCAAAUGAGGACCAGUUUUGAUAAACCAGAUCAGAUGGCAGCACUCUUCAAAAGAUUGUCGUGUAAGUAACUAGCAAGUAGUGCCAUUUUAGUUUAUGCUCCUAACUGGGAAUCUGCAUAUAGCUUGAAGCACUGGAAUUAGUGGGGGAGCAUCUGCUACAGCCCCCAAAAGUGCAUGCUGUCUUUUGUAUAAAUGUCUCUAUUUUAAGGCUAUAACGUACAUACAUGACACAAACCUAUAUAUAUAUAUAUAUAUAGCUACUCACAUACAUAUACAUCCCCACUCGUGUAUGCAUAUAUAUAUGUUGGUAGUCACAUUAGUAGCCUUUUCAUCUAUUUAUGCCUUAUAAUGUGCGGGCUGCCUCAGAGAACUUUUUGAUUUUGGAAAGAUAACCUACACCAAGGAUUCCCUGCCCGAGCUGCUUCAGGUCGUGGCGGAUGUCCUCCUGGAGACACCUAGUUUGGUUGUCCUAGGGGAUUUUAACAUCCAUGCCGACACGACCUUACAAGGGGCCGCUAGGGACUUCAUGGAAAGCAUGGCCUCCAUGGGGCUGUCCCUGAAUAAGUCUGGCCCAACUCAUAGCCACGGGCAUGUCUUAGACCUGGUGUUCACCUCUAUGGAUGUUGGUGAUCUGACACUAAGGAAAAGUGAAACCAAAGAAGUGCCAUGGUCAGAUCACUUCCUGGUGCAACUGGACUUCUCCGCAACCCUUCCCCUCUGCAGGGAGGUGGAACCGAUUCAGAUGGUCCGCCCCCGCCACUUAAUGGAUCCAAAUGGUUUCCAGAGAGUGGUAGGGGAUGUUUUAUCCCAUGUUGAUGGCCUUUCAGCUGAUUCCCUGGUGGCCCGCUGGAAUGUGGAGUUAACCGGGGCUAUUGACUGUUUGGCUCCAAAGCGCCCUCUCCGAUUGCAUGGAGCCCGGAGAGCCCCGUGGUUUUCCACGGAUCUGAGGGCAAUGAAACAAUCGUUGAGAUGGCUAGAGCGCCAGUGGUGGAUAACCCAUUCUGAAUCUGACCGGACACGGGUUAGAGCUCAAUGUUGAGCCUACCAAGUGGCGAUAGCGACGGCGAAGAAGACUUUCUUCACUGCCUCUAUUGCAUCUGCGGAAAACAGCAGCAGGAGACUCUUUCAGGUGGUUCGCAAUUUAGUGGAACCACCUGCUCCAUCAGGGCCCAGUACGGGCCACAUGAUCUCCUGCAAUGACUUUGCAAAGUUUUUUGCAGAUAAAGUCGCUCAGAUUCGAGAAGUGGUAGACUCCACCGUGGGAGCAGGGCCGGGGCGGGAGAGUGCUAGAGUCCUGUCUAGUCAAGUUGUGUGGGAUCAAUUCCAAUCUGUUACCCCCGAGGAUGUGGACAGGCUGCUUGGACGAGUGAAACCAACCACUUGACUCCUUGAUCCUUGCCCAUCCUGGCUUAUAAAAGCUAGCCGGGAAGGACUGGGCGAUGGGCUUCGUGGGGUGGUGAAUGCUUCCCUCCGUGAGGGAGCCUUCCCAGACCCGCUGAAAGAGGCGGUUAUUAAACUGCUUCUUAAAAAACCCUAUUUAGAUGUGGCCACGAUGGCCAACUAUCGCCCAGUCUCAAAUCUUCCAUUCUUGGGCAAGGUGAUUGAGUGAGUGGUUGCUGAACAACUCCAGGCACGCCUGGAAGAAGCGGACCAUUUGGAUCCCUUCCAGUCGGGAUUCAGGCCUCAUCAUGGGACUGAAACUGCCUUGGUCGCAUUGGUUGAUGAUCUCCGGCGGGCUAGGGACAAAGGUGAGAGCUGUUUCCUAGUUCUGCUGGAUCUCUCAGCGGCGUUUGAUACCAUCGACCAUAACAUCCUUCUGGACCGUCUUGAGGGGCUGGGAGCUGGGGGCACUGUCAUACAGUGGUUCCGCUCCUUCCUCCUGGGCCGUGUUCAGAUUGUGGGGGGGGUGGGGAUGUGUGUUCAGUGCCCUGGGCUCUCACUUGUGGGGUGCCUCAGGGUUCUGUCCUCUCCCCCAUGCUUUUCAACAUCUACAUGAAGACGCUGGGAGAGAUCAUCAGGGGAUUUGGGCUGGGUGUUCAUCAGUAUGCGGAUGAUACCCAGCUCUACCUCUCUUUCAAAAAUCAGAACCAGUGAAGGCAGUGAAGGUCCUGUUUGAGUGCCUGGAGGCGGUUGGAGGUUGGAUGGCGGCUAACAGAUUGAGGUUGAAUCCUGACAAGACAGAAGUACUGUUUUUGGGGGACAGGAGGCGGGCAGGUGUGGAGGAUUCCCUGGUCCUGAAUGGGGUAACUGUGCCCCUGAAGGACCAGGUGCGCAGCCUGGGAGUCAUUUUGGACUCACAGCUGUCCAUGGAGGCACAGGUCAAAUCUGUGUCCAGGGCAGCUGAUUACCAUCUGGUACACAGGCUGAGACCCUAUCUGCCUGCGGACUGCCUCGCCAGAGUGGUGCAUGCUUUGGUUAUCUCCCGCUUGGAUUACUGCAAUGCGCUCUACGUGGGGCUACCUUUGAAGGUGACCCGGAAACUACAACUAAUCCAGAACGCGGCAGCUAAACUGGUGACUGGGAGCGGCCGCAGAGACCACAUAACACUGGUCUUGAAAGACCUACAUUGGCUCCCAGUACGUUUCCGAGCACAAUUCAAAGUGUUGGUGCUGACCUUUAAAGCCCUAAACGGCCUUGGUCCAGUAUAUCUGAAGGAGCGUCUCCACCCCCAUCGUUCUACCCGGACACUGAGGUCCAGCAUCAAGGGCCUUCUGGCGGUUCCCUCACUGCGAGAAGCCAAGUUACAGGGAACCAGGCAGAGGGCCUUCUCGGUAGUGGCGCCUUCCCUGUGGAACACCCUCCCACCAGAUGUCAAAGAGAACAACAACUACCAGGCUUUUAGAAGACAUCUGAAGGCAGCCCUGUUUAGGGAAGCUUUUAAUGUUUGAUGUAUUUUAAUAUUCUUUUGGAAGCCGCCCAGAGUGGCUGGGGAAGCCCAGCCAGAUGGGCGGGGUAUAAAUAUAUUAUUAUUAUUAUUAUUAUAACUGAUACGUUGUCUACUGAUGAGCUCCUUUCGGCUGGUCGCCACGUUCUCCCAGAUUCUCAUAAUGCUCAGCCAGCAAGGAGUGAAUCGGUGGAUGAACGAACUAUUCAAUAGCUUUUGGAGCACUUUUGUAAAGGAAUUAAAAUUGCCUUUUGGUGCCACAUGAGAAACAUUAUUGUGAGUCUGGUGUGCCUUUGGUACUUAAUGAUGCUCUCCCCGCCCCCUUAUGAUGAGUAAUGUGCCAAAAAAGUUGCUUCAUCAGCAGUGGUCACUUUAAUUUGCUGUUAAUAUUAGUCUGUCUGUGGCAGAUGCCAUGACUGGGUGAUGCUGUGACUCACGCACACACACACACACACACACACACACAGAGAGAGAGAGAGAGAGACUUGAAGCUGGUGGAGAGGCAACUAUGCAUGGCCUCAAUCUCCCACAGACAUCAAACAGGGAGGGGCAGGGAGAAAGCAUUCUUGUUCCUGGCAUUUUCUUCUUCUUUCCCCCCCAGCUGUUGAUAGUGUUUUGAAGAGGAUGACCAUUAUCGGUGUUAUCUUAUCUUUCCGGUCAUUGGCACAAGAAGCUCUUAGAGAUGUAAGUACUGCAUUUGGAAUUAUAACUUUAGUGUUAGACAUUUAAGCACAUGCAAGCCUAAGAAUAGAUAAGUAAAAGUAAAAAGUGAUUAAAUCGCUAAAUAUUAGCACAUUCCAAGGCAUUUAAGAUUCUGUAUCUGUGGGGUAGGUGAAGUAGAAGCUCUUCCCCAUUACAUACUCCAUUCUCAGAUCUAUCAAAACCCCAGAAAGAGAUUUUUGGAACAGAUGUUGACACCACUACAGAUACAGAACACCAAAGUGAAAAUACGUUGGCUGUUAUCUGACUGCAACCCACUUGUUCCAUAUAACACAGCUUUAUUUGCAAAAGCUACUAAAAGUAUUCGUGCUAGCCACAUAAAAGACAACGCGGUAGAUUGUGCAGGGGAUUCAUUAAUUUAAUUUAUUGUAAAUGGUUGCUUACUUCUGGAUCUUUCUUAAUUAGGUUUUAUUGGAUUUGCUGGUUUUGUAAAUGUAUUUGUAAUGGCUUUUAGUCAAAUACAAUAAAUGAUCAGUUGAUUGAAUAAAACACAGCUUGCUUGUGCUGUGGUGAAAGGAUUGCAAGACUAAAUACGAAUAAUCAAAUCUUAAUUGAAAUUAAGUACGUUGCAUACAUAUGCUGAAAGAAUCAAACCUUUCAUUUUAAAAAAAUAAAGGAAAUUGACAUACGGCUGUUUUAGACCCAAAGCAAUGCAGUAUUCAAAACUCUUGUUAGCCGGUGUUUUUCCACUCCUGCUGCAAGAUUCUGGCAUGAUGCUUCCAGGCUUCUUAAUGCAUAAACUGAGGGGAGAGGGUAGAAUAAAUGCAACCAAGUCAUAACAUGCUGUCUUAGGAGAUACAGUAGCCAAAAGUAACAAUUUUGUUGCAUGCUUCUUUGUCUUAGGUCUUAUCAUAUCACAUUCCUUUCCUUGUAAGUUCAAUUGAAGACUUUAAGGAUCACAUUCCAAGAGAGACAGAUAUGAAGGUAAUUGCUUGUGAGAAUAAUGGGGUUUGUUUGUUUUUAGUUCUUUCUAAAAUUGUAUAUUAUGCCAAAAGCAGGAAUGUAUAGACAGAUGUAGCACUUGUAUAUAUUUCUGUAAACCUCAUUAAAAUGAAAUUAAUACAGCUUCAUACUUCUGUGGUUAGUUAUGAUUCCAGUAUUUCUCUUUUGCAAACUGCUGGGAGUCACUGGUUUGUACUAAAUGAGCAAGUCAUAAAAUAAAAAGGACACAGCAUUUCAAAGGGGGUAAUUCAAAAAGUGUUUCGAACAAUUUAGUUUUUGAGUUGAUCAGCAUCCAGUCUCCUAAUGGAUUAUGAAACCCUUUUGCACUUUAGGCCUCAGAACCUAGUCUUGGUAGACACGGUAUGGCAGCUUUAAUUUAAUGCAUUAUAUGCUUUGGCUUAACAAAGUUUUCUGUUUGUCCAGUUUGAGAACUUGUUGGAAUCUUAAAAGGUUGCUGUUGAAUAUGGUUUCGGAGGGUAUACAAAUUUUUGGCAGAGGGGCAUGAGAGAGAUGACAGCCAGCUAGCAGAAGUGGCGCUAAUGGAGCUUUUCACUAUAAGCUAGGUGUAUUGCUGCCACCAAAGGUGCUUCUGUUCUUCCAUGGUUCCAUUCUCAUGUGUAACUUAAUGUGAACGCUGAAAAUAUUUUACAAUGUCUGCUCUGACAAAUUCCACAAAAUUAUUCUGGCCUUUUUCACUCUGCAGUACCUUUCUGUCUCUCAGGUUGCAAUGAAUGUAUAUGAGCUCUCCUCAGCUGCGGGACUGCCUUGUGAGAUAGAUCCUGCUCUGGUUGUAGCACUUUCUUCCCAAAAAUCAGGUAUGCGGCUGCAUAACGUUUUUGGAUAUUGGCUGUGUUUGCAUGUAAUGCUAAGCUAUGAUAUUGUUCUAAAUGGAGAAACCUGAAGGAUGUCAAAGAAACUAUACUUGUGCACAUUGAGUACCAAAUAUACAUGUAUUCUGCAAGACACUUGGAUGACUUCACAUAAUUUAACCAAGAUGCCAAAACUCAGGGUUUGUCAGCUUAAAUAUAUAACAAUUACAUUUGUAUUUGAUUGAAUGUUGCAGCUCUGAUCUCUAGUUACAUUUUCUUAGUAUUUCUCAGGGUUAAUAGUGAUAAUACUACAUUGAAAUGACUGCAAAUGCUUUUGUUAUUGAUGAGUGACUUUUUAUGGCUGGCUUCCUCACAUGCCCCCAGGAGCCAACUCCUAGGGGCCGAGGUCCCUUUGCCCCCCAACCCACCCCCCACCCCAGUUUAUGGGAAUUGCCUUUCCAGUGGUAUGCAUGUGGCAUGUCAUGUGAUCAGUUAUGUGGGGUGGGGCUUACCUCCCCCCCACCCAAUAUUUUAUUCAAGUUGGCCCAGGAAUGUGAAAUACUGGUGUAGAAACUACUUUAGAGGAGUAGCACUCAUUUAUGAACAGCUCUCGGUUGGUGGCCAUGCUGAGCUAGUUCCUAUGUGAAGACAUUCUGGGCAUCUUUCAAAAGGAAGCCUGAAAUAACUUUGCUGACCACUGGAGUUAAGAGGGAAGAAACCUCUUGCAAUUGCAAUUUGUCAUUAGGUUACUUUUGAUUGAGCUAUAAAAUCUUUGAAUAGCUGUUAGAUAAAUUUUCUUCUAGGAAUUAAAAAAAUGCAUCCUAUUUUUCUUAAGUUUCGUUUUCCUUCCCUGAAAAUGUGUUGGGGUGUGCGACCAAGAUACUCUUGGUUUAUACAGAGUGAUACCUGUUGUGGAAGAGUAUUGGUUAUGCCACACUUGGUGGAAUUGGAAUAAUAAUAAUAAUAAUAAUAAUAAUAAUAAUAAUAAUAAUUUAUUUCUACCCUGCCCAUCUGACUGGGUUUCCCCAGCUACUCUAAAGUACUGAUCUUUGUUAGCUCAAACCAAAUAACACAGAAUUUGGCUCAGAAACAUUACCAAUGCUGUGAAUGGAUGAAGUAUUAGUUUAGGAGUUUUGAACCCACCCAGUUAUAAUGGAUCUCCUAAAUUUGUAUUUAUUUUCAGAAAACAUUAGUCCAGAGGAAGAAUAUAAAAUUGCCUGCCUUCUGAUGGUCUUUGUGGCUGUCUCCUUACCAACUUUGGCCAGUAAUGUGAUGUCUCAAUACAGUCCUGCCAUUGAAGGUAAUAUUCAGACAAACUGGUGUGAAAAUUUGUUCUGGGGGGAGGGGGGAAAUUAUAUUAAAUGUUCAUCUGGAAUAUUUAUUUGCUUUCAUUUUAUGAUAUUGGUGUUUGGUCCUUUUUGGUGUUGAAUAGUACAUCAAUUUUAUAUCUCACAAUGGUUGCUUUGAAAGAGGAAAUAAAAAUCUCUCACUUCAAGUCAUACUUUGGUUCUAGGGAUCCUUACCAAGAAUGUGUUCUACCCGUUGCACAUAAAUGUCCUAUUGAUUAGGAAAUGUUAAAACUUGACUGGAGGCUUUUGGGGGCACAGGAACAAUGCUGAGUACUAUUUGGAAGUCAUAUUGAAACUAGUUUUCAUACUAGAUAUUUGCAUUAGAAGCAUUCAUAAUUCUCAUAUUCCUGUGCUAGUUACCAUGUUGCCCCGUCUUUACUCGAAUACACACGCCAUUCUAUUUGCACCUGGCAGGAUUCAGGUCUUCAGAACAGAACUUUGGAACUGAUAAAUUAAGAAGAAAACCAGAAAUCAGUCUUUGAAACAGAUUUUGGAAUAAAUGUAGCCCCGCUUUAUGAGUUCCCUGGAAAUUGUUUGUUAUGCAAUUGUUGGUAUAAUGAUUCCACAAUUCCCCUUGUUUCCUAUGGAAACAUUUCUAAUACAAGAUUUGUCCCUUCUGUUUCCUCCAUCUCUCCAUGGUUUCUUCUUGAAAUGGCUGCAGCCAAUCAGCAAAAGAGAUGCAAUGGGGGGGGGAUGAUUUGCCCAAUCUCUCCUGUCCCUGAUUUGUUUCAUUUUUCCUGCUUUCUGAGUCAUCUGAUCUCACUCCCUCCAUCUUUCCGUGGUUUCUGCCUAAAGAUGGCUGCCACCAACAAAAAAACACAAGAAGGAAGUAAGAAAGUUGGCUGUUCGAAUAAGUGAAUCUGUGGAGCAUAUAGUGAGGUUUGGGCAUAAUUUUUUCAAUUGUGGAUAAGUGAAUUUUUGGAUAUUGAGUGUGCAGAUAGCAGGACCUGUGUGUAAUGUCUUUUACUGUAUUCAAAAGGUUCUUAGAGAUCUUUACUUCCUCCUUGUUAAAUGAAGAUUAUCCAUAUUAUAUUUGAAAGUUAAUCCCUUGCUAAACUUAACUCUGCUCCUAUUCAAACGACACGUUCCAUUCAGCUAAAAUGUUCAGAGUGUGAGUGAAGGUAAAGUAAUAUCACAAAUGUGUUUUUGUUUAGGUCACUGCAACAAUAUCCAUUGCCUGGCCAAAGCAAUCAACCAGAUUGCUGCAGCUUUAUUUACCAUUCACAAGGGAAGCAUUGAAGACCGUCUCAAAGAAUUCUUGGCUGUAUGUACAGUUUUUAUUUUGGGCUGACCUGCUCCAGAAAUCAUUCAUUUCCACCAAGGCUUUCAGCUGUACUGUGAUUAACAUUUACAACCUUAACUUUUGAUUUCAAGCCAACAACAUUAUGGUGGCUUUUCCUAUAUGGUUCUGAUUGCAACAAUGACUGUAAAGGAUUUGAGUCAAUAUUGCAAGCAUGUGUGAACUUUGUCUUGCAGAAUAACUGGUCUGAUCAGGGAUUCCAGUACACAAAUUGAGCUAUACAAUUGGUCUGUCCUGUUCAUUUCAUUGUUGUGGAAUGCUCCACAUCCAUAACCCCAUUGCAUUAUCUAACAUUAGAGAUCAUGUCAUGUUAAAUCUUAUAUCUGAAAUUGCAUGUGUCGGGAAAUUAAAAUGAUUUUUAAAGUGGCUUUAGAUGAGUAGAAAACUUACUUGCUAUUUAUGAAUUUUUUUAGCUUGCAUCCUCUAGUCUACUGAAAAUCGGUCAGGAGACAGACAAAACCACUACAAGGAACAGAGAAUCUGUUUACCUACUGCUAGACAUGGUAAGCUCUCAUUCCAGUGAUUGUUCCAAAAGUUUUAUCCUAGGUAAAAGAGGCUUUGACAAGCACUCUGUGUAGAAUUCAACAAAUGGUCAAAAUACUGUUGGGCAGCAUAGCAGAAAAAUUACUUUAAAAAACAAAAAUCAUGAAACGCUUUUGAACCCUACUCUUUUGAGCCUCUCUGCAUUUCCUUCUCCUCCCCCGCUCCUUGCUGGUAGCUUGUCAUUUUAGCAGCAUUGGGAUUUCCACUCCUUACCAGGUUUCUGAUGUGAUCUCUCCUCUCACUUUAGAUCGUCCAGGAGUCUCCAUUCCUGACCAUGGAUCUUCUGGAGUCUUGCUUUCCAUAUGUCUUGCUCCGAAAUGCAUACCAUGCUGUGUACAAACAAAGUGUCACAUCAUCUGCCUGAAUAUCUGCUUUAACUGGAGACAACCUAAGCACGCAUCUAUGUUGCCUCAGUUUUACUUGUGUAAACUGUGGAGCUGUUUUACUUUAUGGCCUGGCAAAGAGUUUUGUGGAUUAUAAACUUUUUCCCAAUGCAGUUGUAUUUCUGACCAGUGGUUUCUUAAUAUGGUUGUACUACAAUAUAAGCUUGGCUGAUUUUAGGUUGCACAUUUUGCUGAUUUGUUUCCCUUUUUAUUUUAGAAUAAUCAUAAUUAUGUUUAAAAAGAGAAAUACUAUUUCAACUAUGUUUUUUUUCCAUAUCCAAUCGUGCAGGAAUCAUAAUGGCUUGUUUAUUUCCAGGAAGAACUCUAUUUAGUGAUUAUUUUAGUGUUCCUAGCUUUCAUCUGUGUGUAAAUUAUUUCAUAUAGGGAGAGUUACAAUCUGUACCUAUUGUUCUUAUCAGAAACAAGACUUGGAUGUGCAUUUCUGUGAAUGACAACAUUUCUACUUUUUUUUCCUUUUUGAAACACUCACCCAAAUUAAUGACUGAUGCUAUCUAAUAUUAAAAAUUGUUGUAAGACUGCUUAGACAGCAGUCUCUUCCAUACAAUCUUAAACAGCAGCAAGUGGUUUUGUUUGUAUAAAGCUUACAUAGUGGAAUUUUUUAAAGACUAAUUUCCAUGGUGCCCCGUUGGCAUUAACACUACAUUGUACCCUGCUGUAUAAUAAACGUUCUUAAUGCAUUUAUCAAAUGUUGAUAAAAUGUUAGCCCUUUAACCACUUUUUAUAUGUUUUAAAUUUUUGAAAUUCAAGUGUACCUUCCAUUACAUACAAUAAACACUACACUGUAUUACGU